GGAGAAGCAACUGCUGUUCCUGCAUGCGUGCACGCUCCUACGUGGGCACAUUGCAUUAUUAUUGCCUGGCGGGCAGUGGCGUAGCGUGGGUUGUCAGCACCCAGGGCAAGGCAAGUAAUUUGCGCCCCCUAACCCGUGGAUUUGCGCCCCCUAACCCUAACCCCCAGAUGUUGCGCCCGGUGCGGCCGGCCCCCCUGCACCCCCCACGCUACGCCACCGCUGGCGGGUGGCUUUGAAUGGAGACCCCGGCUGCAAAGCUGCAGCUGCCCCAGCUUGGGAUCUCGUUCUGCCCAAAGGAGCUGAAAAGGUUUUUAAAUAGCAGCAGCAAGUUAUACAUAGAGCGAGCGAGGGGUGGAAAAACGGAUGCUGUAUCUUUAACCCACAACGGCUGGAGCAGAUUUUGUUCUGAGCUAGUUAACAAUGGAAACUUUUUUUUUAAGUGUUUCCCUCCAUCGGUCCUGCCAAGCACCAGAGAGAGAGAAAAAAAAUGAAAAGAAACUUGUUCCGCUGAGUUCAACCCCAGACAAGCUCACAACUUCCUUCCUGCUUUCCGACCCCCUCCCCUCCCUACUCUCUCCCUCCCUCCCUCUCUCUCUCUCCCGCACAUUCAACAAACGUUGAAGAAGCAGCCAAUGACAAGGGCGGUGUUGCAAAAGUCGAGCGCUGAGCACGGCGGCAGAUCGGCCAACAAAACAAAAGUUCUCGAUUCUGCCGACCGAACCAUUCACUCGCUCUUUUGCAGCUCGGCUGCGGGGAGAGAGAGGAGGGGCAGUGAACGGACGCCGGAAAAAGCUGCGAUCUGACUGUUGGAAAUAAUUUCUGGGGUGUUUGGAAGUCUGCGCGCCUUGAUGCUAGGAGAUGUGAACUAAAGGUGCAACAGCCUCUGCGGAACAGGUAAGGCCAACCUCUCCUAUUUCGCUCUGUGCAUACCGCCACCCCCCAGCUCGGCCGAGGGGAUUUCUCCUUUCGCAGACCCUGUAGGAGCAGAAGAGAUUUUUAGGCUGGGUGCGCGGGCGGGCAACGGCGCACACAUUUCACAAUGGCUAUUUCUCAAGAGGUUGCCGAACUGCGCUCUGCUCAACUGGCAAUGGGGCUCCGAGUCCUUGCAGGUUCCUUUGGCAGGGGGACAAGCUACCUUUUGGGGGCAAGAUCCGCUUGGAGUACAAAACCCCCAAAAGUCCUGCGGAGACUUCCAGAGAAGCGAAUUGUAUCCGUUACGAUGAGAGGCGGUUCAGCCGAUGGAGUUAAAUCUGCGAUGGGGGUGGAGGGCGUUGCGAUGCUGAUCUGCAGUUACUCACCUUUGUUUGUUUGUUUGUUUGGGCAGACAUCGCCAACAGUUGUUUGCCCUGUGUAGCGUGACGGUAAGGCAUCCAUCACGGGGUUUAGACUGCGCAUAAACACACAUGGCCACGUCCAGCAUGUUUACCCAAUAUCUAAUGCACAUCGCCUCCUUUCCUCUCCUUCGGCAUUUGGACGCACUCAGAGUUUCCAUAAAAGGGAGCUGUAAUUUUAAUGAGCCGUUCAGGUAGCACAGAGAGCCAGCUAGUACGCCACGGUUGACUCCGGCCCCCCCCCAUAGAUGCAAUAGUGGAGAAAAGUGUGCCUUGUACUUAACCGAGUCACCAAAGGUAUUUGCAGUACUGCUUGUACAAAAACAGUGUAUGCAAGAAUUCUGCAAAGUAAGGUAUAUGUAAACACAGAGAUGCACAGGGAGUCCCCACAGGGGUGCAUUCAGGUCCACAGCUGUGGGUUUUGUUUUGCUAUACAAGCGUCGUUUUACACGGAGCUGCUCGGAAAUGUGGAAUUGCAAGAAAAGUGCUUAAAAGCAGAAUUGCAAAUAUGCAUACAUUAUGUAUAAAAGCAGAGCCACAAGGCAUGUCAUUUGCGGUGUUCUGAGAAGCCAUAGGCAACAAAGGGAGGGGGAGAGGUAGCAUAUGUGCAUAGCAAUGUCAAGAAAAAAAACAGGGAACAUAAGCAUAGCCUUGGUCCAGAGGGUUACACAAUCCUAAGAACAAACUCAUGCGAAUAUGUGUAGCUAUGCACAGUGGGUUUACUAAAGUAAUUAACUGUGCUCACAAAAGUCGUGCUGCUAAUACUAAACAUGGCGCUCGGCUUUAGGAGUCCAUAUCUAGUUUAGUUGUGAUAUUUGGGGGACUUGAACAAGCCACUUUUAACCUUAGAAAUCUUGUAGCAAAAACAUGGGCUUUGCCUUCCUUGCGAGGGUGGAGUUAGAAUGCAAGGAAUCAUAAGUCGGGGGAGUGCUCUGGCAGAAAGGUCCAGCUUGUGAGAUUUCCUUUGGCAUCUGGCUGGUCAUUAUCAGAACAGAAUGCUGGACUAAGUGGGCGUUUGACUGAUCCUUCAGGGCCCUUCUUAUGUCAUUAUGACUUGCAGUUACGGAGUGUUAAAAAACAGUGUGAACACUUAAAAUUCAGCAGCCAGGUUGCUCACUGGGACAAGAUGGUUUAAGCUAGCGGUUUUCAACCAGGGUGCUGUGGAAUCCAGCAGUGUCUUGAAUGACGUUCAGGGGUGCUGUGGGCAACACUGGCCUCUGUCCCUCUUUCCUUCCUUCUCUCCUUGAUGCCUUCUUGCAUCUCUGCCUCCCAAAGACUUGUACAGCUGUUGGUUGCAGCAGCCCUGGCUACAAGCUCCACAGGCAAAUUGGUGCCUCUGGGGCUCGUCAGGGAGUGCUGGUUGCCGGGAGCUGAGAUGGCCUCAGAGUAAGCAAGCAAGCAGCCAAGCCAGCCAGCCCUCCAGCCCUUGCUGUUGGGAAUGGACAGACAAGUCCUAGGCCCCUGUGUGGCAGUGUGAGGAGGCAUCUCUCUUUGGGGUGGGGCAGCUCAGAGACCAGGGGCAGCAGCAGCGACUGCGCAGAGGACUCCCAAGGAAAGGAGGCUAAGUGAACACUCCACAAGGGAGGGUAUUCGAUAAAGGGUGAGAGGCCGCCAGCUCUGCAAACAAGGGGUGACAUAAUCUGGCUCCAGAGCCCCACAAGGGUGCCGCAGAAAGAACAUAGUUGGUCAAGGGAGCCGUGGACUCAAAAAAGUUGAAAAUCUCUGGUUUAAACAUAUAACACCAAAAGUGGUCCAGUUGCACUGGCUGACUAUUAGUUUCUAGGUCCAAUUCAUAGUGCUGGCUUUGACCUACAAAUCCUUAAAUGGCUCAGGACUUCGAUAUGUUUAGAGCCACCUCUUCACAUAUGAACUGAUCCAGACCCUGCUAUCAUCAUAUGAGGCCCUUCUUUGUGUGCUUCCUCUGUGACAGGUCUGGAGGGUGGCCACACAAGAAUAGGCCUUUUCUGUGGUGGCUUACCACUUGUGGUAUGCUCUCCUCAAUAGGCCUUCCUGGUGCCUGCGUUACAUAUAUUUAAGUGCCAGGCAAAAACAUUCCUCUUCUCUUAGGCCUUUGGUUAAUUGAACAAUCUAUGGUCUUUUAAACUGGGGAGGGAGGUAUUGUUUUUGUUUGUUAUUAUGGUGUGUAUUUCUCUGUUUUAUAUUUUAAUCCGCCCUGUGUUCCUUGAAUGAAGGGCAGUGUAGAAAUUCAAUUAAUUAAUUAAUUAAUUAAUAACAAUCAUAAUAUUGUUGCAAUUUCCAGAGUUUUGUGGCACUUGAAAUGAACAAAUUUAUUGCGGGUUUUGGGGAAGAGUCCACGUAAUCAGUUACGUAAAGUGUUGCUCUUGGGACUAAACUAGACAAGGCAAAGGAGAUCUAUGAAUAGGAACUCCUACAUUUUUUAAAAAAUGCUAUUAAUAGCUGUGGGGUGGGGAAAGGAAUUCCGAUCUGGACCUCAGUGAUGAGGGAGAGGAUGUGAGCCCUUUCGCCUGUGCAAUUUGCCUGAUUAAAAUUGCUUCUCCAGCUGUUAUUAGCACCAUGUGGCAAAGCAUACAGGUAUUGGUGAGGAACUGGGAAAACAAUGCAAAGGGAUAGGAUUAAAUAUUAUUCUAUCACCAUGAUUCAGCUUAUAUUUGCCCAUGGCUGCUUUUUAAAACCAUGGCCAAUCGAGUUCAUAGUUCUCUCUAGGUUGUGCCUUCAGAGGGUGGAAAUAUACAGUGCCUACCAAGGCUAACACUUUCAUGCAUUUGAUGCAGGGCACUUGAACCACUAAAGGUUGUGCCACAAUAAAUGUGUUGAUCUUUAAGGUGAUACAAGGCUCACUGUUGAUAACAUUAACUCUUGACUAUUUACAGGGUGGGACAUAUAUGUUCAGGGACCAGAAGGCUAUAGUGUAACACCACACGGGGAUAAGAUGUUCUUUUUACUGAUAACCACUAGCAUCAUAAUAAUCUUCAAAGGUUUGCACUGAAAGAUGAGAGAAAUUCCACCAUCUUAAUGAUUCUUUAGCCGCUUUGUUUUUAAAUACAAAAGGAAGUGCAUCAAGGAGUAACUAUUCUGUUUUAGAUUAUCUUGAACAGGCAUCACAAAAAUUGGUGCACACAGCAACACUGCCCUAGAAUACUUUAAUCGCAUGUGCUUAUUGAAAUAUAUAGGCAUCAAUAAUAAUAGUCACAUCUUUCCUCUAAUGUAGGGAUAGAGGCAUUUGGCCAAGUGGCACUGGUAUGGGAUUCUGGUAACUGCAUUUGCAGCCAAACCCUAUGCAUAUCUACUAAGGAGUGAUUCCCAUGAAAUUCAGUGGGGUUUAUUCUUAGAAAAGUGUGUAAAACUAGAUUCCAUCCAUGAAGUAACUUCACGCAGGUUUCAGCAUGCUGUCCAGCAUCUCACAAAUUCAGAAUAGUAAACUACUGAGCAAAGCUAUGUAGCAACUACAAAUGUGCUUAGGUGCAGUGGUGCAUAGUAGCAUGGUUUGGUAACUGCUCAUCUAAAAUUUGUGUCUUAUGAGACCUUGUAAGUAGACAGAUGCAAAAACCAAAUGCUUAUUCAUGUAGCCAGGCACAUAAAAUUACCUCUUAGAAGUUUUAUUUACAGUUAAGUAGCGUACAAAUUUUGUUAAAUAAAUAAAUGGGCAGCUGAAUUCACAGAGGUAGUAACAAUGUGAAAUCCAUUAAAUGCACACAAUAAAGGUCUGCAUUACACAACUUAGCAUUGCUGAAUCGGGACUAGAGCAAACCACACAGAUGCGUAUCAGACUUAAAAGCUGCAAGUGUUUCUAUGCCCAAAUAUUUAGUGGCAUUACAAGUUACAAACACAACAGUACACCCAUACAUAAUAAUAUGUGCACCUGUACCAACUCUGGUAUAGGAGGAAGUAACUGCGCAUUGUGUGACCCAAUCCUAUGCAUAUUUAGUCAUAAAUAAAUCCCACUAAAUUCAGUUGGUGCUUAUUCUCACAAAAGUUCCUAAGACUUGGAUAGCUCGUUUAUACAUGAAGUAACUCUGCCUAGGUUUCAGCAAGUUGCCCACAAAUUCAAAUCAUAUGCCAAGGUAUAUAGCAACUGACAGUGUGCACAGGUACAGUGUAAGGUAGUAUGGUAUAAAAUAAAGGAAUGGUGUGAAGUACGAUAGUUCACAUCCAAAGAGACAUGUCAGUAGCUCUCCUUCCCUCAGUCUUGUCAUGCCUUUUGUCUUUACAGCUCAGUUUUCCACUUCAAAUAGGCCCAUGGCCAUGGGCUGCUGCCCCCCAAUCAAGUAAAUAAUAAAAAAUGCUUAACUGCCCAAUCGUGUCACAGGUAGCUUGGUUCUGUUCCUCACCCUAUAAAUCCUGCCCUCCUAACAUAAAUCCUGACUACGACCAUGAUUAGGCCCAUUAGAUUCGUGAGUCUCUCUGCAUCCCCACCACAGUCUCUCGGGCCUGCAUCUAGGGCUGCCCAUUACACAUUCCCCCACAACUCUUGCCUCCAUUUGUUUUAAAUAAAUGGGGAGGGGAGAGCUCAACUUUUAGUCACACCACCUCACUUCCUCCACCCUUGUGGAUACAUCUUCACCUAUAAUUUCCUUCAAAGCAAUGGCCAGAGCUAUUACCAUCCCUCCGCACCCUACCAGCAAGUCUAAGACUUAUUUGCCCAAACUUUAAUGUCAGAGUUAAGAUCUGGGGGCUAAUAAGGAGAUUUGCCCAUGGCUCCUCACUGUGCCGCAAUCUUUUUGAUCUCUUCCAAUAGCAUCCUCCCUGGACCGCCCUGCUCUGUGGAGGGGGGGGGGGGACUGUUGGGUUGUUUUAUUUUUAUUAUGUAUUUUGUGAUUUUAUAUCUUGAUUUUAUUCUGUGAACUGCCCUGAGACCCCUGGGUAUAAAGCAGUAUAUAAAUUCAAUAAAUAAUAAUAAUAUGCCUGGUCCAGAGGCACUCAUGUGUCCGCAGAUCUCACUUCUCUCAAUACUGUAUGCCUGUGACUGUGCUUGCUUCAGGGAAAGUUACUCAUCCAGUCGAUAUAAGUGCUUUCUUUUCUCUUUUCUUUUCCAUUAUUUAUAUAUCCCCGAGGCUGUGCCAUGGCAUUUAAAUCAGAGGGGCUAUGAUUUUGAACUCGUAUGGUCUCCGCAGGUUCAGUUUAAUGUUGGGUUUAAUGGAUGAAAUGCUGAAUUUGACCAAAGUACGGAAUGUUCAAGGGUCUCCCCUCUCCGCCUUACAUUAAAAAUACAGCGCAUUAAACAUUGCGGUAGAGGGGUGGGUGGGGGAAAUAAUGGGUCGGUUGUUCGCCACUGAAGGUUUUUGGUUUCCCCCCAGCCGGAUUUGAAAUAAGGUUCCGUUUGAUAUCUCCGCUGUCUGUGGAAAGGCACAUUAAAUUGAGCUCUGGUUUGCCGUGCGGGCAUUUAAACGCUCUCCAUAGUUUAAGAGGAGAGUCUGAGCCGCAGCUACUCCCUCAUGCCGCCAGCCCGGCCCAUGAUCCGCGGGCUUCGCCGCCAUUGGCCGAGCCGCGAACGUCGCGGCCAAUCAGCGCGCGCGACUAAAGACGCCUCGGUUUUCCCGCGCUCACUGUCCCUCUUCUCUUUCCCUCUCUCCUCAGUUGUUUAUGGAGCGGCGGGCCGGGGCCAGCACACCGCCUCUGCGCUUCUUCGGCUGCUCCCUGGGCGAUGCUGCAGCCGCCACUACUACUGCCGCCGCCACCGCCGGCCCUGAGAGGACGUGGGCUGCUCGGCAGAGGCUGACCUGGGAGGAGGAGAAGGUGGCGGAGGAGGAGGAGGAGGAAGAAGCGGACCCUUUACUAUGGCCGUGUCCUGCUAUACGCUCAACAGCCUAGUGGUCAUGAGGAGCGGCGAGGAAGACGAGGAGAAGGGCGGCUGCGGAGGCGGCAGGAGCAAGACGCCGCCCGUCACGCGCAGGCAGGUGUUGCCUGCCCUGGUCCCGGGAACCGAGAGGCACAGCAGCUACUGCCCGCUGCCCGGGCGCUCCAGCGCUCCUGCUGCCGCCACCCCAGCUUUCCUGUUCCCGCCGGCGGAGCCGCUGCUGCUGCAGGCAGGGGGCGAGGAGGAGGCUGCGCCCCGCGGGCCCCGCCGCCGGCUUAGCAGCCCCAGCUGGGCGAGCCCCCCUGGCCGCUCGCCUUCGCCCGGCUUGGAAGAGGCGCGCAGGACGGCGCGGCUCCUGCAGCGGCAGAACGUGCAAGUGACUCAGAAAGUGGGGCUCUUCGAGGCGCACAUCCAGGCGCAGAGCUCCGCGGGCGCCUUCCUCCUCAAGAGUCCCGGCGCGGGCAGGAGGAGGAGGUCGCCUUCGCCCAGCCCGGCUCGGGGCGCGCAAGUGCUUGGGCGCGCACCGGAGGCGGGGUCGGAGCGGCGGCAGGAGGAGGAGGAGGCGACCGUCGAGGGGCCGGAGAGCCCCCUGGCCCGGCUAGAGAACACGGCGAGGACGCCGGAGCAGCAGGCGGAGAAGAGAGAGACGGAUUCUCCGGUUGCGCAAGGCGCGAUGGAGACGGAGAACGGGCCCCUUCUCAGAGCCCAGCGCCCGGAGGAGGAGGAGAUGGGCGGCGGGAGAACUGGAGCGCAGGAGUCCAAAGAGUUGGAGAGCAAGUCGCCUCCGGCGCGCGUCUCCGAGGGGAGGGAGAAAGGGGACCCCUCGCCAAAGGCGCACCCUCGGGGCGCGAUGGACAGGGCGAAUGGGGCUUCCAGGACGCAGGAGGAGAGGAGGCCGGGGUCCGGUGGGGGGCAGGACUCGGAGAAAAGAAGCGACUCCUCUGAAUGCCAGGACUCCAGAGACGUGGUGAGCGCGAGGAGAUGUCAAGGGGCGACGGGGAACGGGAGGCAGCUCCUGGAAGACGAUGCGCGGCGUUCCCGGGGGCCGCCCAAGGUGAGCGGGUCCUCCAAGGCUCCAGAUUUCUUAGAAGGCGCGCAGGGGAGGAGCGGCUUUCGUGGAGGGCAGGGCUCCGACGCGACGGAGAAGCCCCUUGGAGAGCCGCUCCCGGCAGGAGACCCGCCUUGUGUUGCCAAGACUGACGGCGAGGAGGGUAGCAGCAGCAGCUGCUUGCUAGUUGUGGAGUGCUCGGCCAAGAAGCUGCCGCCGGCACCCGAGCCCUCCCCAGACAUUAUGGCUGAAGCUAACGGAGCUGGGCUGCAAGAGCAGCAGCAUCCUGGGGGGCAGCAGCCUCUGCCUGUGACCUCGGCAGCCCUAGAGCAGCAGGAGCAGGGAAAGCCCCUGAUGGAAGCUGAGAGUUGCUGCGGAGGAGGAAGCAGCAUCCCUGCUGUCAUAGUGACUGACCUGGGUGCUCAGGAGGAGGAAGAGGCAGGAGGAAGCCCCCGAAAGAACAUGCCUGUCAGGAAGUUGUCUUCCUCCUCAGCCUCUUCCACAGGCUUUUCCUCAUCCUGGGAAGAGUCCGAGGAAGACAUCUCCAGCGAUCCCGAGAGAUCCUUGGACCAGAGCCCAGCCUUCCUGCAAACCCUGGAUAAACCAAGAGUGGUAAGUUCUGAGCAAAGCAAGUGUCAGACAAUAAGAGAGAUUACCAGCAGGUUUCUCAGUAGCUUGCCUCUGCAGGUGAUGGGCGUCUCCUCUGCCCUUUUCGGAAGGGAAUCCUCUUAAAGAGGAAUAAGUUGUUCACUCACUUUUCGAUCUGUUUCUGUUCUGGUGCUUAUGAUCGCUUUACUUUUACUUUUGCCUUCCCUUAAUAUUUCGUGUGUUUGGCUUAUUCCAUCAAGUUUCAUUCUGCUAAGAGUGAAAUGAGAUAACCCACAUCUUCACGCUAAGAAGUCACACAACUGAUGUUUCCAUUAGGUGUGUUCAUCAUUAUGUUGUGCGGGAAAUCUGGAAAAUGGAAACAGAGUUUGGUGGGGGAAAGGAACCAGAACAGGGUGGUAACACCUCAUCUUGAGGGUACAUCCAGAGGUGCCAGAGGGCAAUGGGCACCAGGGCUUCUUGCGGUAUGACAGAGACCACCAUGCACUCAGAGUGGUUUGAUUUAAACAAAGGUGAUUUAAAUUGUUUGAAUUGUUAAGGAAAAAGAACAAAUUAAAAUGAUUGAUUUAAAUGCAGUUUCUUAUUUUGAAAUUCCUGUAAAUUUGCACAGGCAUGCUUACUAACUGGUUACUAUGAUAAUUUAAAUGUAUUAGCUUUUAAUUAAAUAGAGUCUUUAUGCAUAGCUGAGUCAGGAGACACAUUUCUCUCUGGCACUCUCUUUACACAUUCAAGAAUAUUAAACAACAUCUCUUACUUGAUGGCUAAGUAAGAGUAUAUUUAUUUGGAAGGAAGCCCCACUGAAGAAAGUGGAACUUCUGAAAAAAUAUUGCACAGAAUUUCACUUUGAAGUAUUGAGACCAUAAGGGCUAUUAUCUAUUGAGCAAAAUAGUGUUUAUUAAUGUGAUUGAGAGAAAUGUCCAUGGCAUUUGGUUAGUAGGCUCAUAAAUAUUCAUAACAUGAAAACUGAACAUAUUGCAGAACUCAGGAAGUUGAAGGGUUUAAUUAGGAGUACAUGAUCACCCAUAUGGGCUCUGUGGAUGAUCCUGGCAGUAUACAAGAUGGCAUCUUUUGGAUCCUAGUACCAGUGACGGCUUGCUAGACUCUGGGUCCAGGAGGAAAUCAGCAAUAAUAAAUUCAAUACAUGCUUCCCUUGUGUCAUUUAUAAUGCUUAGCAUUAUAACUGAAAUAGUUUCACCCAGUGUUAUUUUUUUACACAAACCUUUCAUUAACUCUGUUUGAUAGAUGGCCUUAAUUAGGUUUUAAGAUAUUUUAAGAUACUUUAACGUUUGUUUAUAUAGGAGAGACAACUAUAAUUAAUUACUUCUGAAAUAAAAAAACUCCCUAUUGUUUGAAUUUUCAAAAAUAGGAUUUUCAUUUAAAAAGACACACGCACCUUCCAUUUAAAUCUCCCCAGCACACACAGGACACUUACUUCAGUAUGAUCAAAUUAGUUUCAUAUGAAUCCCACAACAGUGAUUGCAGUUGUUGACGGGAAACGGGGUGUUGGUGGGGAUGCAUUUUUUUGCACCUGUCCUGAUGGUUUUCAGAUUCUUGUGGGCCUCUGAGUCCAAGUGUCCAGCUGCCCAUAAUUGAAUUCCAUAUGGAUUUCCAACCUAAGACGAGGGCAGAAAGUCAUCUCACAGUGGGAAAAAUAGUUCAGGGCAUUUGUUAGAGCUGAGAGAGCUUCAGCUGUUAACACUUGUCCCAGAUGAUUAGGAAAAAAUCAUUAUUUGUCAUCUUCUUAAAAAGCCAAACUUGCUAGCUUGCCAGACUCUUCUGUUUCAUUGCUAAGACCCCUUCAGCUGUUAUUAAUCAGGAAUGCUUCAUGCUUUUAUUCUCAAGUAAAAGACAAAGCAAGUACCAUGCUCCCUCUGUCUGACUUAGCUGUUUGCACAGAAGUCAUAGCCACUCAUAACCUGAAAAUUGUUUGACUAUAAGAGAAGUUCCAUACAGACUUCAAGAAGUAUCUGAAAGGGAGAAAAUAAUGUUUUUGACACAUUUACCUAACCGAACUAAUGUCUUCAUCUUCAAAUGUGUUCAAGGGCAACAUCCACAAGCUUAGCAAAUAUAUGGUAAUCUGUUGAUUAUAAGGAUUCUAUUACAAUAUUUUAGCAAACCUAUCAUUUAACUAUAUUAAAUCAUGUUGUUGUUGUUUAGUCGUGUCCGACUCUUCGUGACCCCAUGGACCAGAGCACGCCAGGCACUUCUGUCUUCAUAUUAAAUCAUACUUGUGUCCAUCUUUAUAGACAUGCAUAAGAUGAGCAGGUUGUUCAUAAAUCAUUAUUAUUAUUGUUGUUGUUGUUAUUAUUUAAACUUAGUAGUUGCUUGUCACCCAAACAGUCCCCCCAAGUGAAUUACAUUUUUAAAAAAACAUUGUUGUUGUUGUUUAGUCGUUUAGUCGUGUCCGACUCUUCGUGACCCCAUGGACCAGAGCACGCCAAAAAACACAUAAAUACAUUAUAUCAUAGAAAAGGUGGGAGAAUCAUAUAACACAUUCAUAUUCCAUACAACAUUUUGGAAAAAGGAAAAAACUAAAACCACUCACUUCCCAUAACAGUGAUGGAAAACAUUGGCAACACCUUAACAAUAAACCAAAAAAUACUCCCAUCCACCAGCAUAAAAAAAUUAAAGCUCAACAUGGACACCCCCCUCCGUAGUCCAAAAAUCAUUCAUGUCAACAUUGUGAUUUUUAAAUCUACCCACUGUACCCAGAAUUCUAGGGUCAAGGCCAGCUGCUGUAUGUCAGUGCAGGGUGGGUCCUCCAGGAAUGGUCUUCAUCAAGUUUCUUGAUCAUUGUCAAUUGAGGCUCCGGUGGCCCCUGUGGCUAGAAGUGCCUUUUAUCAGCACUGACAGGUACAUUACCUGUGGCCAUUCCUGAACAGGGAUAACCUGACUACUGUAGUUCAUGCAUUGGUAACCUCAAGACUGGACUAUUGCAGUGUGCUCCAUAUGGUGCUGCCCUUGGUAGCCUCUGCUGGUCCAGAAGCUUCAAGUAGUGCAGAAUGUUGCGGCUAGUCUAGUGACAGGCAUACAUGAUACCAAUGUUAAAAGGCCCAUACUACUUUCCCAUCCACUACGGAGCCAGGUUCAAGAUUCUACUACUAGUGUACAAAGCCCUGAAUAACUUUUACGCAGGAUACCUUAAGGAUUACGUCACCCUUCACACCCCAAGUCAAUCGCUGAGAUCGUUGGGGAGAGCAGUGUUAAUGGUUUCCUAUGGGUCAGAAGCAUGAAUCGUAUAAAUGAGCAAUUUGGCCUUCAGUGUUGUGGAACUCCCUCCUACAAGAAGUUAGACAGGGACCGUCUCUGCUGAGUUUCAUAUACCUAGCCAAGAUUUUUAUUUCAAGAGGCCAUUGCACCCUGAAUGCUUCUUAGAUGUUUUUCUUUGUUUUAAAAAAUAUUUUAGAUUUUUAACUUCCGGUAGUUUAAGUUAUGCUUUAAAUUUUGUAUGUUCUAUAUUUUAUUGUUGUAAGCCACUUUGGGACCUAGAUGGUGAAAAAGCGGGAUAUAGUUUCUUAAAUAAAAUAGAUAUAAACUGUAUCAGUGGAAAAUAGCUUAGUGUUGGUGUGUUGCAAAGGAGCAAAUGGCAAUAAUUGUUAGGCUUAUGACCUCCUAGGUUAAAGACCAACAACUGUAUUGUGGUGCAAGAUUUCAUGGGCUAAAGCCCACUUCGUUAGAGCAGACUUCAGUAUGUGACAGCUCAUAACAAAAUAUGUUUGUUAAUUAUUAAGGGGCCACAAUACUUGUUUUUGUUGCAACUAAUUUUACUGUAAUUUACCGCUUAGCUUAGCUGCAGUUGUUGGGUAGUAAAUUGCCUAAUAUGUGCUUAUUGUAAAAUAUGAAUACAUGCUGUGUGAGAUUUCUCCAAAUAUUGAGGAAAGAUUCCCCUGAACCCCCUUGAUCUUGUCAAGUGUUGGGAUAAUUUCAGAAAUGCAUUGUGGCACAAUAACUUUUGUGUGUGGGAAUUUGUGGUUAUAGCAGCAUUAAGGUGUUCAUCUCUCUUCCUUUUUUCAUGCUUUAAUUAUUGGCCCAGCCACAUUGUGCAAGACUGGCUGAUUAUCUGAUAUUUUUCUGAUAAACAACAAAGACUAACUGCCAGUACUUGAACAACAGCAAGAAGAAGGCUAUCUUUUUACCAGUGUCAGAAGGCAGGAUUUCUCACCCUUAUAUUCUGGGCAAGGCAAGGACAUAAGGAAGAUUAGUCUAGUAGAAUGGUAAAGGUAAAGGACCCCUGACAGUUAAGUCCAGUCGCAGACACUCUGGGGUUGCGGUGCUCAUCUCGCUUUACAGGCUGAGGGAGCUGGUGUUUGUCCGCAGAGUUUUUCCAGGUCAUGUGGCCAGCGUGACUAAGCCACUUCUGGCGCAACGGAACACCGAAACCAGAGCAGCACAUGGAAACACCAUUUGCCUUCCCGCCGGAGCGGUACCUGUUUAUCUACUUGCACUUUUUGGCGUGCUUUCAAACUGCUAGGUUGGCAGGAGCUGGGACAGAGCAACGGGAGCUCACCCUGUCACAGGGAUUCGAACCCCCAACCUUCUGAUUGGCAAGUCCAAGAGGCUCAGUGGUUUAGACCACAGAGCCACCGCAUCCUUAUUAGUCUCGUACCUUGACUAUUUUGUCCUUAGAGUGGGACCCCCCCCCCCCCCUUAUGGUGCAUGGGAUGGCAGAGAGAUUGUUGGUAAGGAGACACUGGGCAGGGGCAAGUUAACACUAGGAUGUAAGCUGGUUUGCAGGGUUCCUUUGUUCAAGAACAAGGUUUCACUAGAUUAAUCCAACUCAUCUAUCAUCCUCUUCAGCUUCCUGAUUAGUCAAAAGAGCAGCAGGACUCAUUCAUGAAAUAAAGAAUUCAUGGGCAUCUUGACCUUGCUCCUGCCCAUUGAAAAUGUAUAAGGGAGUGAGUAUCUGAAUACAGGUAACUUGCAACUUAAGCACGUUUAACGUGUUAUUUCAGUUGUACAUAGUUCACGGCUAGCCAGUUGAAAUCACAGAAAUCGAAUGUAUGGAAGGUGAAGAGCUUAAAAGUUCUCUUUGUUCAGGGUUUUCCUGGCCUGGAAAGAGCUUUUAAUAAGCUCUCUGCCUUACUUGGGCUGCUGCUGGUAAGACCCAUUCAGUGUGCCAGCUCCGAAAGGUAGGACUGCUCAUGUGGAGACAGUUUUGUGUCCUCCAGGGGGUGGUUUGAGUAUACACAUUUUUGCGUAUAUGCAGCACCCUGAGAGCAUAACCCCCGCAUAUGAGGCAAGUUACCUGUAUGUGCAAAUGCAAUCCUGUGGGCCUCUCCCGUGACAGUCGGAAUGCAAGUGUGGGCAUAUAUUUAUUGGCAUAUGCAUGUACACACACACACACACACACACACACACACACUUUAUGAGCUCUCUUAAUGUUAGAUUUUGUUGAAGUGAGUACAACAGGAGAGAAAUCAUAAAAUCUGACUGCAAGCCAAACUGACAAUAUAUGACAAAAUGGAUAUUGAACAUACAGCUCUGUAUACAAUUGACAGCAAACGAUGUUUCAGUAGUUCAAACCUGGCAGCCCAAAUGCAGCCUAUUAAUUCCAUGUAAUCCUGCUACCUUGAAUGACCAAACUGACCCCAACCUUACAAUGUAUUCUGCCCCCUCCAGGGACCUUGUGCAUUCCCAAUAGUUCUGAAGUUGCAAACAUGUCUUAUUUGCGUUUGUGUUAUUUCCAAAGGGAACAUACAUAUAUUUAAUACAGCACUUCUGUCCUGAAAGGGCCUUUAUGUAACUUGAAACCUUACCAUCACGGUCUGCUUGUAAUCUAGUUAAGUAUCUGCUUCAACUAACUUCGUGCAUCUUGAUCCUGAAAGGCUGAAGACAUGGCAGCAUGAACAACAUUCGCAAAGCAGCAACCUAUUUUUUAUCAGUUUCCGGCUUGUGGCUCGGAAGUUUGUUGCCAGCCUUUUAACAACUCUUUUGUCAAAAUGUGUUUAUAUUUUAUUUUAUUCUGUGAGACCUUUUAGUCUACUGAAACUUUGGAAAUCACACUGCUCUCCAUUCUAACCCUGGAGGAAAAUUUGUUUGUUAUUCUACUUUGGGCUAGGCUACUACCUACACAGGAGAGGUGGUGAUAUGCAUUAGGAAAAUACCUUUCUGGGAUGUACACUUAAGUGCUCAGUCAACAGAAGGCUCGCUCUGACCUUUUUCUAAGGCCGUACACUGCCUGAUUAAGGAACCUUUCAGGAACAUCCGGUUGUCUAUACUAACUCCUGGAUGUUCUCUGUGGGGAAGACCUUGUGUUGACAUUUCAACACAGUAUCACCUAAAGCUAUUUUGUUUUCCACAGCACCAAGUGUCUUAGCUAGGCAAGUAUCUCAGAUAAAAGGCGAUGUAUGGUUGAUCUCCCUGCCCCCAACUUUAGCUUGAUAUCCUCAAGCCCUGAAGAAGAUGCCAUUUUUGCUGCUGUACUGUGAGAGACAAUACAUGAUUAAAUCAGUCUAGUAUUUCGUAACCACCUCUGAAGUUGUUCAGCCCAACCCUACUCGUAUACAAACUGGUAUGCAGCUCCUACGUUACUGUCUGCAUAACAGUCCUGUAGCGUCGACUGUAGUUAUUCUCAUUUUGUUGAAAUGGAGAAGAAGGCACAGAAGGCUGUCUUAUGCUGAAUCAGUCCAUUGGCCCUUCAAGUUUAGCAUUGUCUACACUGGCUGGCAGUGACUUUCCACAGGGUUUCAGACAGGGGAUAUUCCUGACCCCUCCUUGGAGAUGCAAAGGAUUUAACCUGGGGCUAUUUGCAUGAAAGGGAAACCUGUUGAGCUCAAAUGUUUGUGUUGCACACCGCUUUGUUUCAAUAGGGAAGCAGUCUAGAGAUCUAAAAGUGCGUGGAAGGAUACACAAAUGGCAAUCCAGCAUUGUGGAAAGUCACAGCGUCAUCUUGUUGUGGAAACUUGAAAUACUCUCCAAAGCACAUAAGCAUAGGAAAGGGCAUGUUGUAACAGUUAUUCCAAAGGAAGAGGAGGUGAAUCAGAGUGAUGAGCUUGACAUCUUUGACAGGCUUGGCUGCUUAUACCGUCUGGCCAGAGUGUGGGGCUUUACUAAAUCUGUGUUUUGCAAGUUGGAGAGGAAUAUAUUCAGCUCCAAAAGGAUGGAGGACAGAGUGAUCCAUCAGUGGUGUUGCUUAGUGCAAUUGUCUGGAGGAAGCCCUUGAGGCUGACUACAUGGUGUACCUGUCAUGCAUGAGUCAUCAUAAAUGUGUUCUAAUAUUAUAAUGUUGUAUGCCCAGGCAUGGAGAACCCUUUUAGAGCCAAAGGCCCCAUUACUCCUCUGGAACACUGUCAGGGUUACAUUCCAGAACCACAAAGAAUCAACAGAGAGAGACAGAAUCGCACAUGUUAACCCUUUACUCCACCCAGCCUUUCCACCCUGCUCAGCUGUCUCUGGAGCAGGCACUUCCAAAUACCUCGAACUAUCAAUUGUACCACAUUAGUUGCCAACACUGGAAGUUAAUUCCUAUUAUGUGGUGCUUUAUGAAUAUCUGUUCCAUCUUUUCUAGGUAUUGUAGGAAAGCUCACUUCUAUUUCAUUGCUAUAAGACCUGAUCGGAUUGUUAUUGUUUCUUUAGCUUUUUGCAUUUCUGCUGCUUUUUGCCUUGUAGCAUUGAAUCCAGUUCUCAUCCCCUUACUGCUUAGAUGUUUUAAGUUGUAUAGAGGCUGCCACGUUAUAGGCAGUGACACAGCAAGCAUUAUAUGGAGUAGGGCUCGGACAACAAUGCAGAUUUAUGGUGAUGAAGGUAAUAGGUUUUUUAUUUAGUUAGCAUGUAUGUUUUUUACCUUGCUCGUCAGCUGAAAAGCUUGCAGAUCAAUAAAAAGAAAACAAGAUCAUCCCUGGCCUUGGAGUUACGAUUUAAAAGGCGUGACACAAAAAGAACAAGGGGUUCAGAGGGAGGAAAAAGCAAACUGAGUCACUAGUUCUGAAGUUCUAAGGGUGACUAAUUUAGAUGGAAACAGUUCAGGUAGUCUGAUGGAACAACUAUUGCUAGGUGAUAGAUGAGGGAGAAAAAGAACCAAAGGCAGCUGGUGACUCAGCAGAGCCGAUGAAAAAUCUCUGCUUCUCACCCCUCCCUCUUCUGCAGCCUGAUGGAAUGGCUGUUAGGGAGCAGGCAUUACAUAUACAAGGUACUAAGUUGUAUUUGGUGUACUGUAAGCAUUCCUGUGCACUAGAAGUUGGGGUUCACCCUAUAAAGUCGAUUGCCUGUAGGUUCAGGACAGAGAAGUACUUUUUCUGCAUAGCACAUGGUUAGACAAAUGAUGGAACUCCCUGGCACAAGAUAUGUUGAUGAAGUGCAGCUUAGAGCAAGCAGUAGGCAAGGAGAAUAGGCCUAUCUAUCCAUCCAUAAAGGUAAAGGUAAAGGUACCCCUGCCCGUACGGGCCAGUCGUGUCCGACUCUAGGGUUGUGCGCUCAUCUCACUUAAGAGGCCGGGAGCCAGCGCUGUCUGGAGACACUUCCGGGUCACGUGGCCAGUGUGACGAAGCUGCUCUGGCGAGCCAGCACCAGCGCAGCACACGGAAACGCCGUUUACCUUCCCGCUAUAAAGCGGUACCUAUUUAUCUACUUGCACUUAGGGGUGCUUUCGAACUGCUAGGUGGGCAGGAGCUGGGACCGAAAGACGGGAGCUCACCCCGCCGCGGGGAUUCGAACCCACAGCGCCACCCGCGUCCCAAGUUUUACCCACAGAGCCACCCGCGUCCCAAGUUGGGGUUCACCCUAUAAAGUUGAUUGCCUGUAGGUUCAGGACAGAGAAGUACUUUUUCUACAUAGCACAUGUUUAGACAAAUGAUGGAACUCCCUGGCACAAGAUAUGUUGAUGUAGUGUAGCUUAGAGCAAGCAGUAGGCAAGGAGAAUAGGCCUAUCUAUCUAUCCAUCCAUAGCUGUUGCCUAUUACAGCUAAGGGCGAAGUCUCUCAUGUUCAGAGGCCGUGCAUAUCUGAGCACAGGGUGUCCAGGACAAGCAGAGAAUGACCAUCCCUUUAAUGCCCUGCUUACAACCCUGCAGAAGUAUCUUCCUAGGCUAUGUUGGAGACAGAAUGCUGGGCUAUAUCAGCCCUUGGUCUUACCCAGCAAGGCAGUUCUUGUGUUCCUAUCCCACGCAAAAUGGAAUUUGCAGAAUGUAGUGUCCCUCUGAGAAUAUCAGCUUUCAUUUUUGGGGGGGGGGGAGAGAGCAAAUUUUUCACUUCACACAGCUGCAGCAUUUGAUAAGGUAUGGACACUGUCUGCUGAAGGCUUGUGGCAUGUCUAAAACUAUUAAUAUAGCCGAAAGCAGUGCACAAGGAAUUCUUACAAAACAGUGAAAGAGGUAGUGUGCUUCAGGGAAAGUUUUCCGUUGAAUGAGAACAAUUAUAGAUAUCAUGGCCCUUCUAUGAAAAACUCAUGGUGAGUUCCUGCACCUCUUUUUUCCAGAAAAAUGAUGACGACGAUAAUUUAUAUCCUACCUUUCCCUUCCCCCUAACAAUAUAACAUUCUAAUUGUAACUUUGUAAAAUCAAUUUGAAAAAUGCAACGAAACAGCAAUGACAAGAUUAUCAAAACAAAAAUGGACAGUGCAUCAUAUAAAUUAAGACACUGGAGUUGGCAUAAUACCAUGUAGCUAAUUAAAAGCCCAUCUGAGUGGGGCCAUCUUAAGAUUCAGUUAUUAUAUUUUUACAGAUCAACUGUCGAAUAAUGAGGAACAUUUCAGUUUGGAUUAAAAUUCUCACACCUGGGACUUUUACUCCCAAGAUUUCUGCUUAUAGUUGUUCUCUGGAGUCUAUCCAUGUCAACCAGAGAUAUCCUCAAGUCAUUAAUAAGCUGCAUUCUAAAUAGCAUAUGAUACAAAAUGCCCUUUAUUUCCCCCCUGUAGUGCUACUUGGUUUCAUUGGUGUUGGCAUGGCGAUAUUAUCACUUAACCCAUAUACAGGUCCUAUCCUUCUUAGAGGAUUGGAACUCAUUUGGCACAUAGAAGUACCGGUAGUUUAAAGCAGACAUUGGAAUAAAAAUCUAUGCUCCAAGAUUUGGUAUCGUGAACUUCCUUCAGCUUUCAUGCGAGAGCAAUAAAUACAAAUUCUGUAUUUGGCAAAGAGUUUUGAAUGCUUGGGUAGCUUGCUUUUUUUUGAAGAGCAGAAUACCGCUGGCCUUUGCUAAUUUUUGUAAUUUGUUUGCCUGACACUUUCCAGCCAGAGGAAAGUGCCACCAAAAUCAUUUGGAGUUGCUCCUGCCCUGAAACAGGUCAGUCCUUGAUGGUUGUGCAAUACUUUAUUGUGGCCCAAAAUGUAAGAUAAUUGCUACAGCACUUUAAUCCUCCAUUGUCACUCAUUGCUAGCAGAUUCCUGCUAUGAAAGCUUUAUUGGGGCUCCGUAUCUGUGGCUUCCAGAGCAUCCCAGCAGCUGGGGAAUGUGGAACUAUUUGCUAGGCAUUCAAAACAUUUCAUGAAAGUGAAGGCCUUCUUGCUGGAAGUCUCAUGUGAUAUGCAAGCUGCUGUUAAGAUUUACUGUUCCAGCAUCUCCUUUGCUAAGUGCAGAUAACUGUGAAAGGCUUUUAGCACUCAUGUGCAACAAUCAAUAAUGGCAACCUGAACAGGGACCGCAAGUCUGCAUGCACCACCUGCAGUGUCUCUGGGAGAGCUGGCUAUUCCCCACUUCACUCCUGAUCUACCUGGGCUGAGUAGCAAAGGCUUAAGGGGGAUUCAAAGUGUAUUCAGCUAAACACAUUUAGAAGGCUCCUCAUGAUCAGGACCCCUGAUAACUCAGUGAGGGAUCCUGCAUGGAGCACACAGGAAUAUUGGGGUGGGGCUUGGAUGCUCAGCCCCCAAACUCUUCUUCAAGUUGCCAUUUGGUUUCAGACAUCUGCGUCUCCACAUACAAUGCAAGGGAUCCUAAGAUCGCUGCCUGCUUUUAAGUGCAAGCCUCUAUUAACAUUAGCAAAACAGCAUGACUGUUUGGGAAGCCAGUGUAUAAGAGUGUGUAAUGUUUGCUAGCUAUUGAAAGCGAAAGCUUAUUCAUUCCUUUGACUGGCAGUGACUGUGAAAUAAAGUUGAAGUGAGCUUUGUUUAUAUAUGACACGUUGUAGCCAAGUGCAAGUCAGACCCUUUGCUUCUGUUUUUCCUGUUCUACGCAGCCAAAAAGCCAACACACACACCCGCCAUUAAUUUGCCAUAUUUUUUAAAAAAUCAUUUUUUCUCUGGGUGCAAUUGUAUUUGGGUAAUGAGAAGUGAGAGAAACUCUGUUUUGGGAGAUAUGUCUUGUGAAAGAGUAAUGCUAGAACUGAGAUUAUCCCAGACACUCUUGGGUGACUGGGACUGUGUCUUCUUGGUCCAGUUCAGCAGGAGCUUUCAGGAUCAGGAAACGGAGAUAGUGAUUGUGGCACAGAUGGGGUAAAGGUACAGGGACCCCUGACCAUUAGGUCCAGUCGUGGCCGACUGUGGGGUUGCGGUGCUCAUCUCGCUUUAUUGGCCGAGGGAGCCGGCGUACAGCUUCCGGGUCAUGUGACCAGCAUGACUAAGCCGCUUCUGGCGAACCAGAGCAGCGCACGGAAACGCCGUUUACCUUCCCACCACAGCAGUACCUAUUUAUCUACUUGCACUGGCGUGCUUUCGAACUGCUAGGUUGGCAGGAGCAGGGAACGAGCAAAGGAAGCUCACCCCGUUGCGGGGAUUCGAACCACCGACUUUCUAAUCGGCAAGUCCUAGGCUCUGUGGUUUAACCCACAGCGCCACCCAUGUCCCUUCACAGAUGGGGUAGUUUCAUAUUAUUUACCAUAGGUUGGGUGCAGACCAGGUUUCUUGAAAUUAAUGAAUCCUAAAUGUUUUAUUUAGGGUAUCCUAAACAAUAUGGAGCUUAGUAUAUGUUGCCUUCUGGGCCUAGGGAAGCUGAGCUUGGGGUCAGGGACCUGGCUUCCAGAUAAGGAUUUGAAAGCCUUUUUCAUGCAAGUUUGGGAGAAUGGUGGAGUAGGCGGUCAUAGCAGUCUAGAUCAUAUGGGGGGAGAUACCAGAAUAAAAAUAGGAGAAAAAAUGGAUUUGCCCACCAGAACUGGGUUAGAGGACAUAUCCAGAAUAUCUCCUUGAAGACUUUGGAGGGAAGGUUCAGAAAAGGGAUCGGCAGGAGGCUGGGUAGAAGCAAGAGUGAAACAUGGAUUGUAUCUGCAUGUCUGUAUAUGCUUGUGCGUUUACUGAUGCAAUUUUCCAGCCUGAGCAUUCAAAUCAAUGCACACAGAAAUAUUUUAAAAUAACAUAAAAUUCCAUUAUAAUAGCAGACUGCUAGAACCACUUAACAGCAAAUUAAAACGACAGUUGUCAGCAAAAAAAAAAAAAAGGUUCAGAAAUUCCCAAAGAGUAAAUCAACAGUUACCAUUAAAGGUUUUAGAGAAUAAAAGUGCACUGAGCUGCUGAUGAAAGCUGUGCGAAAGGAAUUCUAGUUGCAAAAGGUUCCAGAGGGAGGGAACCACAGCCAAAAAAGCUGUUCAUGAGUCAGGUGCUGCCCAUUUAACUCUGAAAUCAUAAAAAAAUGCUGAGGAUAAGCAACCAACAGCAUCUUUUUCUCUUGGCUGUUCGGUUUGAAGACAGCCAAUGCUAGACAGGAGGUUGCCAACCUUUUUAAGCCUGUGUAGGGCAUUUGGAUUGUUGUGUGAGCAUCUCCUUUAGCCACUUAUUUUUAACAUAUCUUUAUAUAGUACCAUCAGUGUACAUUGCUCUGUACACAAUUCAGAUAAGGAAUUCUACCCCGAAGAGCGUACAGUCUAAAACAAUGGAAAUAGCUUAACUUCCCUGGAUCAAACGCCCUAACCCUGAACGACACACACACAGAGAGAGUGGAUGCAAACAGUUUGCUUUUCCAAGAGAUCUGCUUCCAGUAGAAAGAGAGAGUUAUUCAGUACACCCCCCCCUUCCCAACAAAAUAAGGGCUGCAACUGCCCCUCCUCAAAAGCUCUGCUGUGUCAAGGCAAGACUUCUGUGGUCUGCAAAAAAGUGACAGCAGAUUGAUUGGGGCAGGCAGACUGCUGUCCAGCUCAGUAAAAGUAGCUGGAGAAACAGAGUCCACAUUUUCCUCCCAUCGAAAAGUCUUGAACCCGCUCACCUUAAUGGCCUGGCAGAAUUUUAGGACCUGAUAGAUGACAGCCGAGGCAGCUAACGAAAAAAGGACAGAAAGGAGAUUGAAAACCCAAUAGUGAGCUACAAAUGUACCUACAGUCACAGAGGCAUAUGAGAGAAGAUGUCAUAAGGAUGUUAGCCAAUGGGGGCCAUUUUUCAAUUUCCACUGUUGCCAGGCUAACUUUAAAGUAUAUGCAGCGUUCCUUAUCUGGUACUCCAGAUGUUUUGCAUUCCCAGCUCCCAUCAGCUCCAGCCAGCAGGGCCAGUGAGCAAGGAUAGUGAAAGGUGCAGCUCAAAACCUCUGGAGGGCACCAAAUUGGGGAAGUUUUGGCUACUGCCUGCCUCUGCUUCCUGCCUCUCUACUCCAGAUAAAAAUAGCAAUGUUUUGAAAUAAGGUUGUGGUGAUAUAUCCCAGAAGGAGCCCAGUGCAACUUUAAGGAUGGGGGCCUUUCUCUGAUUUGUAACCUCUGUAUUUUUUUAAAUGGUCAUCAAUGUGUAUCUUGGGGAAAAUGGAGUUGGAGGAAGCUCUGACUGACUGAGAGAAGACUUCCUAAGUUUGCAUUUUGAAAACACAUCUAGGGUGGUGGCUCAGUAUAAAGGGUGGAACUCAUUUGGGUCAGGAUGUUGAUCUUUGGCAGCCAGUGUUUCCAUUCAUAAUGUGCAUUGUUGUUAUGCCCCUGAAAAAGAGUUAUCUCUUUCUAAUUUACCGUUUUAAUCCCCCCCAACGUUUUAAAGUAACACAAGAUGCUAGGAAUUCAUUAAAGGAAUCACCAUAAAAAAAACAUUUCUUUAAAAUAGAGACCAACUUUUAUUAGUUGGCAACCUAGAAACUUCAGAGAAUUAAAAUGCACAGUAGCUGAAAUUACAAUCUCAGUCUUUUUUUGUACACUAGAACAAGUGAAGACAUAAAACACCACUGAGCACUGGUGCUAUAAUUUCCAUGCCUGCCAGUUUGCUAUCUUGUUUUAGAACAGGUUUAUGUUCUAAAUGUUUAGUGAAAACAUUAGCUCAGUACUAAUGUUUAGUCAUUGUGUGGCAGUGAAGUCACACUCUUGAUUAUCUUGGCACCUGGAUGUGCUAUAAAAUGCCACAGUGGCCUAACUCAGUCUUGCAUAAUUCUCAAAGUUCAUGUUUAUGUUCUGGUGGCUGAAUACAUCUAGUUAUUCUCACUAGUUUUAGAUGGAUGGAGCCCAAACAAGAUUCCACACACACACGUGUUAGAAUUCAGCAGUCACUGUGGGGAAAUUAACUGUUUUCUGGAAAUUACUUUGUAAGCCUUUGCCCUCCCAUAGGAGAGCCAAUAUGUUGAGGGUGAGAUGUUAAAAGGAAGGCCCAAACAUUACCAAAACCACAUCAUGAAAAAUAUAGUUAACUAUGACAUCGCAACAGGCCCAAGACAUUUUUGCUGCCUGAGGUAAAUGUUAAGAUGCCCCCCUCCCAUUCAAUGUAGAACAGAGACUGGCAACUGAGUCUUACUUCAACGCUAGUGAGGGAAUGGUGGCUUCCGCUCCACCUGAGGGCAGUAGUGGACAGACCACAUGGCUGGAAAUCUGUUGACCAGCCUCUUACUUUUGCUCCCUCCACCUCAGCAUCUGCCGCCUGAGUCGGCCACCUCACUCUGCCUAAAAGUAGGGCCAGCUCUGCUUGAUUGCCAUGAACACAAGUGCAGUAGCACCCUGCCUGCCACCCGCCAUCUCAUUAAAGCCAAGUACUACAGGAUAUAUCAGGUGCAGUAAUGAAUGUGUAGGCCACUGGCUGUGGUUGCUUCAUGUUGGCAGAAAUGCCUAUAAACGUUGGCUGUAAAGCUGAGCCUUCAGAGUGGAUGCAAGCUAACAGGGCCUUGUGGGAGCAGUGCAUAAAACGGUUCACGGCUAAUGUGAAAAUCUGGCCGUGUAGAGGUUUCUGCAUUUCUUCAAAGAAUACCAGGAAAAAUCCAAAACAAUUACAGAUGUGUGCAUUUUAGUGGGAUUGGCACAGGGUCCUUUGGGACAGUGCCCAUAACAAGUGGUGUGUUUAUGCUUCUUUGCCACAGCAAUAGUUUUUGUAACUUAAAAAAGUCACAUAAAAUGUAGAUGAAUACAUAUGUCCACAUAUGUAGCCAGCCGUGUUAAGAACAACCCACCCUCCCAGCAUGUGCGAUGAGACCUCUCCAUCUCAGCAAGAUGCUACCCAGGAAGAAAUUUCUAUCAAUGCAGCAGACUUGCCUUGAACACCCUUCCUUUUUUAAAGCUCUUUGCAUAUGUUGCACUCUAGAAACAGGAAUCAACCUUAUACCGAUCAUGAGAUUGGUCUCCCUUCUCAGUGUUGUGCCUCUCCCUCCAGCGUUUCAUACAGGCGUCUUUCCCUGAUUCUACCUGGAGAUGCAGAGAAUUUAAUAGGAAGUGCAUGCUCCACUACUCAGAAUGUGCACAAGUCCUCUAACUUUAAAAAGAAGAGGCUACCUCCAUCAUGCCUGCAGAUAAGCUGCUUUCCCAUUUAUUAUGGCCUAUAAUGCUUCUGAUGAUAACAAGGAGAAUAAAACACUGUUGGUUAGUUGGAAAGGCAACAACAAAUAGCCCUCUGAUCAACCUUUGCAAAAUAGGAACUAAAGUAAAGUUUGGUCAUGUUGUGAUAUUUACUAAGUGUUGUGCUUGGAGUCAGAUGCUUACAUUUUAAAUGGGUUAAUUUCAGUGGCAGCUGGUUCCUAUAAAAGCUAAUGGGGUAAAGAAAGAGACCCUGUUCUCUGCUCAGUAACUCCUUGCCUAGACAAAGGAUGUGUGCAAAUGAGUUCAUAACUGCUCAUUAUGGAAUCAGUGCAGUUCCCUCAGGCAGGGUUUGUUGUUGGGUUUCUUUGCAGUGCCCAUCAAUAUGCCGCCAUCCCCAUUUGGCUUGGAUUUACCUUUUCCAUUUAACAUUUGAGAAGUUAAAAAGACCCCUGUCCAGAACCACCAAACCUGUUCUUUGCAAAGCUAUGCACAAUUGCCAUGCCACCACACUAAACAAAAUGUUUGGUUUUGGUUGCCAAAAACGUCUUGAAAAUCUUGUGUGCCCCAAUAUAACUAUUGCUUGAACACGGCCAAUGUAGCAGCCAUCCCCACAAUCACAAGGGAAGACUCCUCCUAUAGCAACACAUUACUCUGCUGACACGGUCUUCCAGUCAGUCUGAUAAGUGCCAGCAGCCUUGAGGAAAGGGACACAUUCCUUCUGUAGUUCUCUGUUUACCCUCUUGCAAGCGCUCUGUGAUACUGUCGGGCAGUUUCUUUUUCCUUCAGUUCUCCUUGUCCCCCCAUUCACAGCUGGUGACUUUUGCCAUAUUAAGAAAUUGCCCUGUGAAUUGGGUGUCUUGUUUUCUGGAAACGGAACACCACUGAGAUAGCGUAAGAAGCAAUUUUACUGCAUGGUUGUAUUGCUCCAAAAUGGUUAUGUACAUCAUAAGAAAAUGUCUUCCUGUUCUAGCGAGUGCAGCUUGUUUGACAAGUUGCAAAUGGAAAUCCAUGAUCUGUCAUUGUGAUUCAGACACGCUCCUACCACCUAUGCAAAUAUAUAACUACCACUUACUAAUAGUAACAGCUGGUUAAGUUUCAGUUGUACUUUCUAUAGUUUAUCAUUGCCAGAAGCCUUUUUUUUUGUAAGGGGGGCAAUGAAUAAACUUAUUAUGCUGCUUUCUUCUUCCAUGAAGCCGUAAUAGCACAAUUUAUACAAUAGUUUCUAUAGGGCACAUUGGCAGAAGUGCUUGACCCUAUGGAACUGGGAAGGCAAAUCUCAGAGGAGGAAAGAAAGAAGGGAAGCUAUGCUUUCCUGGAGAUCCAGAAACUAAAAAGCUAAGUCUGCAAUCCUUUUGGUAUGCUUUGUGCUGCGGGAUUUUCUUAAGUUACAGUGUGGUGUUAUUGUACCCGUAGGCUACUCAUAUUAAAUGUUUUUCCAAUUUUAGCAGCAUUCUUUCCAGGCUCAACUACAUUUGUUUUUAUCUUCUCUAUGGCAAUUGAUGACCUCAGUCUGAAAAUGCCUAAUUCCGUAGGAUUUCUUGUUAUGUAUUUCUUCCACAUCUGGAGCUGAAUCAGGGCUGCUUAAUCCAAUGACAUGUUGUAGCAUUUUAUGCUUUCUGUAAUAAAUCUCAGAUUCAAAGAGUCAGCAGCGUUUACAGAUUGCAAGUAAUAAUUUUAAACAGACUUUAAUGAUAAUACAGAAAGGAGCUUGAAUAACGAUUCUCCUUCCCGUCCCAUCAGAGCCUACCAGUAGGAAACCAAACAGGGAGAGAUAAAUGAUAAGAUAAACAAUCUGAUCCUUUAAUAAUUUCACAUGGAAAAUCAAACAGCAAUUUGGCAUGGAAAUGGAACAAGAAACAAUAACCAUGACUUUAGAAGGGAUUACAAGAGAAGUCUGCAAAUAAUAAGUAAGAUAUAUAAAUGAAGAGGAGUCUCGUGUUGCUCCAACACCAGCACCUUUUACUGCUGAAGCAUUGCUUUUCCUCAGUUGGAAGCAGAAUAUCUAUAUAUAUCUAUAUGAGAGAAAAUUAGUAAAACUAAUUUUAGUAAUUAAUUAGUAAAGCUAACAUCAAUACUGUAAUUUUAAAGCUACUUUCUUGGGAGUGAGCCAAAUUUAAUUUAGUAGGACUUACCUCUGAGAGGACAUACUUAGGGUUGCUUUGUAAGAGGAACUGUUCAAGGGGCAAUUAGCAGGCUAUUCCACAGUAAUCCUACUCCUGACCUUAACAGGAAGCAAUAAAAGGACAGAAAUUGCAAGAAGGAAGCUUUAACUUAAAGAUACAGGAGCCCUUUGCCUUGUUACGCUGUGUAGGUUUGUGCUCCCAUUUUUAAAAUGUCAAAAGAAGGUCUGGAAAAUACAUGAGGAAAACUCACAAAACCCUGGCUUGCAGUGGGCAAUAAUAAAACCAUAUUAAAUAACCUGUUAGUCCUGUUGGAUUCUAUGAGUUUUAUUCCCAGCUAAGUGGUGUUAUAAUUGCAGCCCAAGCUGCUUCUGAAAGCAUUUUUUUUUUUUUUACAGAAAUGUAUGCAGAACCAUAUGAAAUGUUGUCUCAGUCUGUAACUGUAUAUACAGGUGUCUAUGAGAAAGCCCCCGUUUAGACUGUGGGACUUACUCUGGAGUGAAUAUCCAUGGGUUUGGGCUUCUUUUGAUUUAUUUCAGCCCAGGUGGUCCUUUUUUGCCAUUCCAAAGGCCUGUGCACUCAACAUCAACUGCGCAUAAUGAUUUCAAAGCAAGUUUAAAAGAUUCUAAAAUGAAACAACUUUUUAAAAAGCCAAAUGAAAAAGUACAGUAGUUUAAACAACUCCAAUGCUUUCACGCUUUGCCCAGAAUGUUGCAGCUAGUAUUAGAUUUGGUGAUCUGAUGCCACACCAUUACACGUCAGAUUUUGUAAGCAUGUCACACGUUUGCCUGUGUGCAUGCUGAAAUCUUAUCGUGUGUGCCAGUGCAAAAGGGGAAAAGUUUGGCAUUCUUCUUAAGCUUUCAUGUCAACACCCCAGUAUAGGAACCAAAGUGAAUCCUUUUGUCAACAUCUGAAAAGGAUGUUCGUGGUUAAAAACAACAACAGACCUGUCAGUGCUUGCUCUAAAUAUUUGACAUAGCAGCCUUUCUGUGCAGUAUGCUGGAACCAUGCAUAGUACAGCUUCCCCUUUGCAUAUAUAUGAUCCUGUUGUGUAAUUGGAGAAAUAGUCAUAGGCACAGAGACAAGUUGUACUUCACCAGAUGAUUGGCAUAUUGUAUAUACGUUGAUUUUUCAAACAGAAAUGGUCCCCUUUUCUUACAAAUUGCUGGACAGAAGCAGUGGAACGGACUCCCUCGGGAGGUUGUGGACUCUCCUUCAUUGGAGGUUUUGAAGCAGAGGUUGGAUGCCCAUCUGCAAUAGAUGCUUCAAUUGAGAUUCCAGCAUUGCAGCGGGCUGGACUAGAUGACCCUCAGAAUCCUUUCCAACUCUACGAUUCUGUAAUUCUAUGAUUCUAUUGGAGGCAGAAAGCGGUAGGUUGGCAGUUCAGGUUCAGUACUUUCGGGUCAGAAUGGAUUUACCAUGUACCUGUUAUAGCCCUGAGCUUAUUUUUAUAAUCUAAAAGCUCCUGCUGUUUGAGAUGGUAUAUGUGCACACAUAAGGUCCUUUUAGCAUCUGUCUCUCUCUGUAUGUAGGUAGAUAGAUAGAUAGAUAGAUAGGCAUAAGAAAGUGUUAAGUUGUGGGUCAACAUAUCAGACGACACAGCGAUUCUUCAAACAGCUCUUGUUUAUUCACAGGCCAGAACAGAACAGAACUGAACUGAAGGGUUCAGCCAGCCUGCUUAUAUAGAGCUCCACUAGAACGCAACAGUAACCAUUUUCUGUAACUAUCCAAUCACUGAACGUCACUUUCAAUCCCUUAUUUGCAUAUGUGGACCUGAGUGAAAACUAUCUACAGUAUCCCCCUGCUGGCCCAGGGUGAGAACUUCAGUACAUAACAGAAAGGCCACUGGAAAAGGCAGUAAAUUUCUGGCCUACUGGCAGGGUUUUUUUGGUACCUGUUCUCUCUUCCCUCCUUGCUGAAAUUGGUCUUGAAAGAAAAGUGUGUGUGUGUUGUGUCCCGAGCAGUUUUUCCAGUUUGCAAAGGUGCCCACAGGACCAAUAAGGUUGUCAACCUUUAAGAUGCAACAUAAAAGGCUGCUCAGCGCAUACCUCUGAUCUAAUGCCAUCCUGUUAUUAUUUAGAAGACAUCUGAAGGCAGCCCUGUUUAGGGAAGUUUUUAAUGUUUGAUGUUUUAUUGUGUUUUUAAUAUUCUGUUGGAAGCUGCCCAGAGUGGCUGGGGAAACCCAGCCAGAUGGGUGUGGUAUCAGCAAUAAAUUAUUAUUAAAUUAUUAUUACUGGAGGGCUACAGCUUAAACUGAGGACAACAAAGCUAGACUACCGUAGAAAAUGAAUCACGUUGUGGCAUGAAGUAAUAAAUAGUUGUGGAUGCGGGGUGUUGGAUGACUUGAACAGCUCCUUAAGAAGUGGAACUACACAUGUACAUUUAGAGAAAAUAAUUGCCCUAACUCACAGCAGCCAGACAUCAGUUUUAGAAAUCUGCAGGAAGGUCUGAAUUUUGCAUGUGGCCAGGAGGUAAGCCAUUCAUUCCUUCAGACACUAACAGUAGGGCUAUUCAACUGAUUUGCUAGAUGGACAUUCAAUACCAGGCAGUGAGCUAGUGCUUUGUCAUAACUUGAGCAAACAACAUACUUUCCAGUUACAGAGAGGGAGGAAGAGAGGGAGAGGAAAUUGAAAGUAUUUGCUGUUCUGUUCAGCUUCGCUGAGGACCUGUUCCAACAUACAGAUUUGUAUCCAUGGGUGGCUUUUUGGAUUGACUCCUAUGGAAAGACUUGUGGAAAAUGUUACAGAAUGUAGCUUGUCCAAAAAGUGUUCCCCUGAGAUGCAUCUAACUAAACUUGAGAAUCAGACUCAACGGGCUUAUCCUUGAACUAAUUAGAAUUGGCCUGAAAAUGUUUCUUGACACCUAUUUGUCCUCCUUAUGCUUUGGAACAGUAUGGAAUGGAAUUAAAAUAUAAUUAAAAGUAUAUGCUAAGUGGCCUUUUAUGGAAAUUAUGAAUUUUGUUGAUUGAGAAGGAGAGACAGGACAUACACAUAUUAAGCAGAUUUUGCUUUGCUCUUUCAGGGCCCAGGGAGGAAACAGGUGACAAAAAAAGUAGAGCCCAACGAUGAACAAAACAAACUUUGCCUUCCUGUUUGCUCACUUGAAGGGGAGGGUUGGCCAUAUCAUCUAGGCUCUGGUGAUAACUAUAUGGGGGGGGGGGAUUUACAGAGCAUUUUCUCAAUGAAACAUGGUGAGAGGUUCAUAACUAAGGAAAAUAUAGGAGGGCCGGGACAGACUGGCUAUGCUUUAUGUGUUUGUUUCCCUUCACCAAAAGAAUCCUGCUGUGAGGGAAAAAAAUUCCAAAAUUACUACAGUGGUACCUCGGGUUACAGACACUUCAGGUUACAGACUCUGCUAACCCAGAAAUAGUACCUCAGGUUAAGAACUUUGCUUCAGGAUGAGAACAGAAAUUGUGCGACGGCGGCAGCGGGAGGCCCCAUUAGCUAAAGUGGUGUCUCAGGUUAAGAACAGUUUCAGGUUAAGAAUGGACCUCCAGAACGAAUUAAGUUCUUAACCCAAGAUACCACUGUAUUUUAAAAUAAAGAGUGAGUGGGAGACCAGCUCUGUUUAUAUUACCUCUGAUUAAGGUUAUAAAACAGGAAAACACUGUCCUUGGGGCUACUACCCAGUGCCUCUUUCUGGGGGUAGAUGGUAAGAUAUUUGCAGAAGUCCUGAUCUUGAGACUAAACAGCUAGCAUGAUGACCUAUGAAGACCAAGUGGCAAUUAAUUUUUAAAGGCAAUAUUAGACAUGGAAAGCUCUGGAAAACCACUAUAGGGUAGGAUUAUGAAUAGUUGGUAGAGCAUGAGUCUCUUAAUCUCUGGGUCAUGGGUUUGAGCCCCACAUUGGGCAAAAGAUUCCUGCAUUGCAGGUGGUAGGACUAGAUGGCCCUUGUGGUCCCUUCCAACUGUGCCAUUCUAUGGAUUUCAGGCAGGGGUCUUCCCUAGGCCUAUCCGAGACCUCCUGCAUAAAAACCAUGUACUCUGCCUACGAAGCUACAGCCCUUCUAGUCAUCUGACUCUUUCAUCCCAAGGUAACGGCUCUUCUGCAUCCUUCACUUCUGCUUUCAGUAGCACUGCCACAGGCUAAACUUGCCAUGUGAACCUAAUGAACUCAGCACCAAUUGACCUUUGGAAAUUGCUUGGUCUGUGCUGAGUUCAGCACACGUUGUCUGCAGUUGCCCAACAAAACAAAACACUGGUCACACCAGGACAUUAAGAGGUCCUAGAGUUCAUUAGUUUUGAAGAUAUUGGGCAUAGAGCAAGGUAUAUAGGUCUUCUUUUCAACCAGCCUACGACAAAGAGUGGAAGCCCUGUGCAGGUGUCUCCGUUACAGCCUACUGUGUCACUCUGCAGCCUGGUAGCAUUCAGUGCAGGCAGUAGGAUCCUAUAAUACUCCUUCCAAUGUGAUCCUGAAUAUGUUUUCCCAGAAAUAAAUCCUGUUUUGCCCAAUGACGUUACUCCCAAGUUGGCAUGUGUAGAAUGGAAUUUAAGGUUGCCACCCAUUGGAUACACUUUUACUGAAAUGCAAAACGCUGUGCUAGCAGCUUCAUAAAAUGCAAAACACUUGAUUAAAUAGCUCAGAUAUGAUUCUGAAUUAUAACGACUGAUGAUGCUGAUCCGGAAUAGAUAGUGUUUUCCUAAGAGCCAGAGAGAGAUGUGCACACAUAUAGCACUGCCUACAACAAAUUGUAGUUCGAAAGCACACCAAAAAAAGUAGAUAAAUAGGUACCGCUCCAGCGGAAAGGUAAACGGCUGUUUCUGUGUGCUGCUCUGGUUUGCCAGAAGCGGCUUAGUCUUGCUGGCCACAUGACCUGGAAGCUGUCUGCGGACAAACGCCGGCUCCCUCGGCCAGUAAAGCGAGAUGAGCACUGCAACCCCAGAGUCGUCCGUGACUGGACUUAACUGUCAGGGGUCCUUUACCUUUACAACAAAUCUAAUUAGCACAUUUAGAACAUUUGCUUUCUAUAAUUAACUGGAUAAAUAAUAUUACGCGAUAAUAUCAAUAAUAUUUUCCAUGCUAGAUUUUCCACGCUAGAUUUCCAUGCUAGUAGUAGUCACAUAUUUUAAUGUGGAAAGUGUCUGGAUUGAGGCCAGGGUCCCCACCACUAGACUUCCUGCUGUGGUCUCAAACCAAAGGGGAAAGGCCACCAGCCAUCCUUUUGCUCCUUGUGAAUUGCCUUCCAAUAGUCUUUGGAGCUACAGGGGAAACCUCUUUGGCCUCUUGCCCUUGCACUCAUGCAGUUGUCUGUCCUAAACAUGCUACACAUGCUCAUGACAGACAACUGCAUGGAGAGAAAGGGCAGGCUGUGCAAACAUGUGUAAUGAUGGGAUCUACAUGUUUGCACAGUGGAGAUGAACCACAACAAUGCACGUAUUGAGUACUCUAGUGUUUUGGGAGUCUGGAUCUGGCAAUCCGUUUGCCUCGCUGCAGUUCAGGUUGUGGGUAUGUUCUGGUAUGCCUCCCAAAUUCAUGUGCAGGCAUAAUUUUAAGGACAUAAAUAAAAACAGUCUCUCUAAGAUAUUUCUGUCUUUCUAAAAAAAGCUUUGAAUUCAUUUGUAAUUGCUCCUCUUGUUUCUGGAACAGGAAGUAGUUUAAGAAACCAUCUAGCAUGACACUUAGUGGAAAAAAGUGGUUUCAGGGCAUUUCAAAACAACAUAGCCGUAGUAUGAUAUUUCAGAAUUACUGCACUUUCAAGUAUAGGGCCCAAAGACUGAAUUUUUUGGGGAGGAGAGGGUUGUCUUAUGCUGUCUAGUGUAGAGCACCUUUUGUAGUGCAACUCCAGAAGACAGCCCCUGCUUUUACACUUCUGGUGCUCAGAAACAGUAGAGCUACAGGAUGGAGAAAAGACUUAUUGUUAAUGGGAGACAAGGUAUCCCAGUGGGGUGAUUGGAGCGGGGAGAGGUGAGGAUGGGUGAGCAGCAACUCUUCUGCAUGUCAAAUUGAGGGCAGAGUGUAACUUAAAAUAUUGAAGAGGCUGAGCCUGGGACUUGAGCAUCCUAAUUCUUUCUGGGACUAAGAGUUCUGGUGAAGAGUUCUGAAUAAAGGAAAGCACUUGGAACUUGGCUAGCUAUUGUAUCCCAGAAGCAGAGAACCAUAAUCCCGGGGUGGCAGAACGGUGGGAUGCUCUCUCUCUUUGCAAUGAGAAAGGAACAAAAUUUCUGCUGCUGGGAUCCUCCUUAAGCAUACAGGAAAAUGGUUUGAGGCACUUACCUCUCUCCACGAUUUACAGGCUUGUUUUUAGUUCCAUUCCAGAGAGGUUACUUUGCUCCAGAGGAAAGGACCACACCUUAUUGUCAAAACAGCACACAAUACAAAUAGAAAGCAGCCAGGUGAAAAUUCAGAUAAUAAUCACCACCAGCCUCCAGACUUUUAACAAGCCGCAGUGAAUAAAGCUGCUUUUCCAAGGCUCUGAAGCGUUGGCCAUGACAGUUACUUCCACAAGCUCAGGACCUUACAUACCCAGUAGCUCACUGUGUUGUGUGCCAGAGUUUUUCUUUGAAGUUAACUAAAAGAAUCAGAAGCACACUCCACGCCAACGCAGAGCAGGGCUUUCAGUGUGACUGCCCCUGUUCUGUGGCACAGCAUCCCUGCUGUUGACAGGCACCUAAUAUUUGUACUUUGCAGAAACAAUUGAAGACAUUUUCAGUCCGGUGAGCUUUUUCAGCGGGAUGAAAAGGUCUCUCUAUAGGAGAUGUUUAUUUUGCACCGUUAAAAAACCUACCUUUAGUUGUUUUGCUGUUUUGUACAGGUGCUGCUAUUGUAUGUUCGUAAAUUGCCUUGAGACUCGUAUGAAAGGUGAUUCAUAAAUGAAUAAAAUAAAUAAGAAAGGUGCUAAGAGAAGAAAGGGGCGGGGAAGAAUCUGCUUUUGGGGGCUGCACAACAUAGCUCAAAAGACAAGAAGCUCCUAGCAGGGCUUCCUCUGAUAAUAACUGUGGAGGUUAUAGAGGCCAAGGCAUUCCUUACAGGGGGAAAAAACCUGCAGCCCUUUCUUGCAGCCCUGUCAGUUCCUCGGGUAUGCUUUCCUCCCAUUUUGAGAGCUGGGAUGCUAUGGAAUACAGUCACAAAGUUCCCUUGUGGAUCAAGAGUCUUAUUGAGUUCAGAAAGUUUAUUUGCAGGAGGGGAGUCUGAAAGGUGUACUUUGCAGUCCCUCCGAACAAGUAUAGGAUGGCUUGAUGUGAGUAUAGCUGGCCUGAUAUGACUUGACCAUUUCCAUGUCUCUGCCAAAUACAGUCUGGUCUGAACAGAAGCAGCCCGCCGUGCUUGUGCUUCAAUUGAGCAACGGCAUUUUUCUUACAAUCACUUCUUUUUCCUGCUUAGUCAUUUGUCCUUACAAGCUCCCUUGCUGAGUUGCAGUGGGAGAAAGCAUCACACCCAGUCCCGUGCUUCAACUGGGAUGUCUCUGUCUACAUUUAUAAUGGUUUAAAAACAGGAUUGUGUUCUGAAGUCUUGUGCGACAAAACCCUCAGGUUUUGUUUUUUUUUAAAGCUACCUUAAGGAAUGAGUGGUAUUGUGAAAUGAAGGAGUGCCAACACAUUAUCGGUGUUUGAUCGAAGAGGGAUUUGCGGCAUUUUCUGAUUCCGCAUUAGCACUUCCUGUGGUUGGGAAUAGUCUGAAAGAACACCAUGUUAGCAAACUACCAGCCUUUAAAUUUCCAUUCAUCACAUGGUACAUGUGCAUGCCGGGUGGGGGGCGGGGGGGGGCAAGAGAGGAAGAUGGAGCGUGUGGCAUGUGGGUAGGUGCACAAGAUUAUAGCUGAAGGAAGGGAAGUGUGUGGGUGCGUUUGGUUUGGAGCAAGUGUGCAUGAUUGGUUGGCCCCUUUGAAUGUGUGGGUGUACAUUUAAGUCAGUGUGCUAGUAAAAGCUUUGGAUAGCAAAGAAUGAGAAGAAAACAGAGAGGGAGAUGAGGACUGUCCAGGAAUUUAGCAUUUAUUACAAUGAUUUGUAUUGUGUUCAUCUGCAAAGUCACUUUAAGUAGAAAGUCAAAAGUUUAGAACUUCUGAUUAAACCUCUUUGGCAAAUGAACAGCUGCUGUAAACAAAAGCAGUUCUUGCACUGGUGGGGUAGUCCAGGUGGAUUAUGGUUGAAGAAAAAGUGAGCUUGAGAUUGUGCCAGAGAGAGAGAGAGAGAGAGAGAGAGAGAGAGAGAGAGAGAGAGAGAGAGAACACACUGAAAAGACAAAGGAAGAAAGACAAAUUCAAGGAAUGACGUCCAAAUAAGGGGUAGGAAAGAUAGAAUAUAGGAUGAAAAACUGAAAUACUGUUCUCCAUGGAACAAGGAUAGAAGAAACAUCAGUUGACAAAAAGUGAAGCAAGAUUAUAAAUUUUUAAAAAGCUUUGUAAAACUAAUGUUCUAGUAAAUCUCUUUGCUGGGCAUCAUCUACUAUGCAUUCAUUGGAUCUUAUUUUUAGAAAGUUGACAUACACAAAUAUUUUCAUAAUAUUUCCCUGAUUUCCAUAUGAAAAUAUCUGAGAAGGGAAGACCAAUCUGGUGGGUGUUUGCAUAUGGCACCUGCCUUGACCCACCUUGACCUCAUUGUGUGAUUUAGAUUUAUAAAAGGUUAAGUCACUUGCAAUUUUGUAAAACUAUCCCUUAGGUCCAGUGGUAUUUAUUGCAUGGCAGCUUGGGCUUCCAGAGAGUACCAAGGUUCUUUUUCUGGACGGUUGCACAGGGUCUGCAGAAGAAGUGUUUUCAAGUGGCUGAAAAACAGCUGUUGAGGAAGCUCCUGAGCUGGGAUGGCAUGUGUGCAUUGAGCCACCCUCCCAGGUGAGGGUUGCCAAAUCAGUUUAUAUAUCAGGAUUUGCCUGCACACCCUCACAGCUUUUCAGAAUAUAUGUUAAGAGUGUUCAGGGCAUAACAUCAGUUGCCUUCUGUUAAUGAAAACACCCCUGAAAGAGAAGCUCCUCAUUGAGAUCUCUUAUUGGCCAUGGACCUUUCCUUAAGCAUUUGCAAUGGAACCUAAGCAUGCUUGGAACUGUGGGAAAUGUAGUUCUCGUGGUUCCCAACAUUUCUGAAUGAUGAUAUGUGCACAUUUGGGGACACUGAGAAUCAUGGGAGCUAUGAUUCUGCUUCUACAUGGAUCUGAGAACCCCAUAUUUGAACCCCGCAUUGUCAGACUGCACCGGUCAUUAAUGACCAUCAAGCUGUACCAAGUAAUUUCCCCCAGUCUGCUUUCCCUGGCCUCACUCCUAGCACUGACCCCUUCUGUUCCAUUCAUCUUGUAUUUACAGUCCGGCUUCAGUAAAUGUAACACUACUAAUAUAUACACUAUUAAAAUCUCUGUUGAUUUUCUCUGGGAACAGCCUGCUUUUCAUUUAAAGUUCAUGGUACGGUAAAGCGGUACCAUGGUUCUUUUAUAAGGAAUUUUAAUUAAAUGCCAACCAUUAAAUGGAGAAAAUGCAUUUGCAAACACUUUCAGUCUAGCAUUACUGUGGGCAUAGAUCAUGAAGCUUUUCACUCUUCAGUGCCUCACUUAUUAUAUAAGUGGAAAAUGAUUCGUUUCAGAUGUAGGAGCUAUGAUCUUGCCAAUUCCAUAUAAUGUGCUGGUUCAGCUAUGUGCAAUAUAUUAUUCUCAAGUUAAUUCUUUUUUUCCAACUUACCUCAUUCUCUCACUCUUCAUUUCCUCUACUUUUAAGAGCUUUCACACUGGGAAGUCAAUAGCAUUAAAUAAUUUCUUCUGUGCAUUGACUACAUUUAGUGACUCCAUUUGAGGGAGGAUCAAGGAUAGAGUUCUUCUGUCUUACAGUGUUUGCAAAUUCCUCCUCACUAAUAAAGAUGUUCCAAGCAAAUUUUACUGUAAUACAUUGGCUUACUUACUGUGUGCAUCUGGCUGAGGCACCGAUCACACUAUCCUAUGCAUAUUUACUUGGGAGUAAUCUGCUGUGUACAAUGGGGCUAACUUCCAAGUAAGUGUGCAUUGAGUUUAUCUGGUUAUUAUUGCGCCCUGCCCAAAACCUCUGCCAAACGGGGAGGGUCCACCAUGAAUACUUGUGCAGGAGGAAUGUAGAGAUGAUACAGAGGUCUGUCCAGAUUGGUGGAUGGGAACAAUGCAUCUUUGAGGGCAGGAUGGUGGUGUGUACACCAGGAUCUUUUCCCCUAGGCUGACACCACAUUAGAUGUAUAGUGUGAAACUGCCCCACCUUAGUUAAACCACAGAAAACCUGCCUUGUUUGAAGAGGGGAAAUGGAACGCCAGUGCACUCUCAACUAAUACGCAUGAUCCUUAGUGCUAUUUUUGUGUCUUUUCAGGAGAUGUGGUUUUCAUGUGUGAAACUGGCCACUUUUUGGGUGGACACCAUUCUAUCAGCCUCUUUAUUUUGUAAAAAAUUAGCACUAAUUAUUCGCACUCCGGCAAUGUCUUCUUUAAAAAUAUUAAAAUAAUAGUGCUUAAACUGAAGAGUGUUAUCCUGCUAAUUAAAUAAAUGAUUAGAAAAUGGGGGGGGGGUUUCCCUCCUAUUUAAAAAAUAGCUAUUUUUUCCCAAUCUAAAAACUUGUUGAUUGAUUUCAGUGAGUCUACCCUCAGUAUGAUUUAUUCGGGUCCAAACCAACACUUUGUUUUGCAUAAUAAUAAUAAUAAUAAUAAUAAUAAUAACUCAUCAUGUCAGUUAUUGGACAACUGUGGCUGCAACAAGUAAGCACUAUAGCAAAAAUGAAAAGGAAAAAAAACCCCAAUAGGAACAUGGGAAGCUGCCUUAUACCAAGUCAAACCAUUGGUCCAUCUACCUCAGUAUUGUCUACACGGACUGGCAGCAUUUUUUCCAGGAUUUCAUGUAGGAGCCUCUCCCAACCUGACCUGGAGAUGCCUGGGAUUGAACUUGCAACCUUCUGCUUGCAAGGCACACAAGGAGGUAGAGCCCCCCCCAAAAAAAGAUUCCCUUACUGGGCAGUGAGCACAGCAAAUCCUAACCAUUAGAGCACCAAAGAGAAGAGUUAAAAUAAAUUAUUUAAAGAAUGGCUCCUCAGGUUACUUAUACCUUCUCUGUCUAUACAGCUAUGUCAACCCCACUAGAGUAGACGGAACGCUGAAAAUAUAAUGCCCUCACUAGUGCAAGAAGUUAAUUUCAUUUCUUCUUGCAGUUUACAGGCAGAAGAGAUUAGCCAUGAUCUGGAAGCACUUCUAGUGAGUUUGUGCUGAGGUAACAUUUGAACUUUCCUUGGGACUUUCCUUCCUUUACACCUCACAUUCUUGACGGCUGCACACUUGACUCAUUAGCAUGGAAGGAAUUGAGGUUGUGAUUACUUUUCUUCCUUUUUUUAAAAUUAAAAAGAAUAAUAAUCCCAAACUGUCAGAAUGACUCAAACUUGAAAUCUCCAGUCAACUGUUUUAAUUGCAGUUUCUGUCUCAGGAGCAGCUCAACAGGAAAUGUUGACCAGGGACUGGUCACACUCACAUGGGCCAUUGCUACUACUGAGUGUUAGUUGUUUUUGCCUGCUGAUUUUGACUAAUCAUCAGCCUGACAUUCUAACAAAGCUGAACGGAGUGGCAGCAGUAAGAAACGAUGGGGCUUUUAAAAAACAGUAGAUUGGUUUCAUGUAUAUGACUAACUUGAUGUUAAAAACAAAGAAAGAAAGAGCUUGGCUGGGGGGAAUGGCUGCAUAGGAUUACUUUUAAAGUUCAGAGAGGAUGAAAGUUGUAGUCAAAGGUCAUGUGAGUAAAAGCACGGGUCAAUGGCAACAAUUUGUAAUUUCAAUUAUGUAUAUAGCUUUUUCAUGCCAAGAUAACCCGUUUCAAAAGCUUUGCUGCAUUAUUCCUCCUGAACAGCUUGUUCCUAUUGAAGGUCAAAUGUUGUUAUCUCUUAAAUGCAAAGGAACGUUGAGAGCUGCCUUAUACCAUGCCCAAGUAACUGUCCACCUAGCCUAGCACUGGCUACUCUGACUCAUAGCAGCUCUCUAGGGUGGGAACUGGGAGCCUUUGGCCCUCCAAAUGUUGCUGGACUCCAGCUCCAGCCAGCAAGGCCAAUGUUCAGCGAUGAUGAGAGUUGUAGUUCCAACAUCUGGAGAACCACUGGUUCUUGAAAAAUGCUGCAGGGUCUCAGGUAGAGAUGUUUCACGUUACAGUGGUGCCUCGCAAGACGAAAUUAAUUCGUUCCGCGAGUUUUGUCGUCUUGCGAUUUUUUUCGUCUUGCGAAGCACGGUGUCAGGAAAGUUUUGGAAAAGCUUCAAAAAUCACCAAAGUCUUUAAAAACCUCAAAAAAGGCUACCACACCGCGUUCUAUGAGUUGCUCCUCGAAGUCAAGUCGCAACUGUAUUAACGGUGUUAAGAAAAAGGAAACAAACUUGCAAGACGUUUCCGUCUUGCGAAGCAAGCCCAUAGGGAAAAUCGUCUUGCGAAGCAGCUCAAAAAACGGAAAACCCUUUCGUCUAGCGAGUUUUUCGUCUUGCGAGGCAUUCGUCUUGCGGGGCACCACUGUAUCUGCUACUCUGUUUUCAAACAAACAGACAAACACCUGGAGAAGUCGGGGAUUGAACCUCAGAGUUCCUGCAUGCAAAGCACUGCACUAAGCUGUGGAUCCUGUAAUCAAAUGUGAACUUUCCAUACUUUUUUUUUUGCAUUUGUCCUGCCACUUCCUCGAGUGUCAUACAUGAAUCUCCUACUCUCUCCUCACAGUAACUCUGUGAAAUAGGUUAGGUUGAGAGCUAGUGAGUGGCCUACGAUCACCCAGAAGCCCUGUGGCUGAGCAAGGAUUUGAACUGGGGUCUCCCCAGUCUAUGACCCAUGCAAUAGCUAGUGCAUCACAGGAGCUCUGAUGGAAGCCAAGCUCCUUAAUUGUUGUGAUAAAUUCACAGUAGAAUGUGGAUUCUUAUCCUAUGUAACAAAAGCAAAUGUGUGAGGGGGAUAGUAAACCAAGUGUUCAAGAGGCCUUAAUUUUAUAUCAGAACCAUCCAGCAUCGCAGCUGGCAGAUAGGAGAGCAUCAGGACAGAAGCAAUAGAUGGGUUAGACCUGCCUUAGAGGCUUUAGAAGGCAUGAUAAGUGUGUGUUUAUCUGGAGGAAGAUAGUUUGCUUUUCUGUUAUAAAUUUUCCAUUGGAGCAGGCCCAGGAUUUCCGUUUCUCAAUUAGGGGUGGUUCAGCUGCCAUUGUGCUGUUCCUUCUUGGCAUCCGCAUUUCUGGUUUCCGUUUUCAUGGAAUGUACCACCGCCAUUCAUCACUGUGGAGUUUUGGGGCCGUCUUCCAUCCUAACGUCCUUAACACGUAGCCCAGACUUGUCGGGUUUUGUAAAAUGUGUCAUGAUAGCUGUAGAAAUGAAACUGAGUCGGAUGUUUACUACGGAAGGUGCAGGAUCUUUAUCCUGUUUAAUAUGGAAGAAAACUGUUCAUCCCAGCCAGAAAUCUGAAGGCAUGAAAGCAAUGCUGUACUGGCUUAUCCUCUGCACAUGAACAUGAUCUCGGUAUUCCAGCAGGUGUAAUUACAGCCAUCUCUCAAAAUCCAGAGGUAGAAAGGAAAAGGAGAGUUAGAAAAGGUUAAUUUGCCAUAUCCAUGAUCAUCAAAACAGCUGUGUGGUGCCACGAAUUACUUGAAAUUACAGAUCCUGGCCUUACAUCACCCAUGUGGUGUCUAGUUUGGCCCCUAAGGGAAGCAAGUGUUGUGCUACCAUAUAAUGCCUGCGAGGGAGCAUUUCCACCGCUUUGCAUACAUGGGAGGUGAUUUCCUCUUACGAAAGAAAAGCCAGGGAUGCACCGUGUGUUUCCUUUUUCUGGUGGCAGCAAGCCAAGCCAAACACGUCAACACAGAUAAAGCCAUUUUUAUGCAAUCCCCCUAGCAAUGGCAUACGUUACGGGUUUCCUUUUCAGAUUUGCAUUAGUCUCGAAGCCCUUUGAACUGACCCAAAUUGCAGGCAAGAAAGCCUCCUACCCACACGGUUAACUGUAAGCGGCAUGAAGAGGAGGGGAAGGGCAUUAGAAAACCAAAAGUGGAUGUUGUUUUUCUGCGGCUACACAUGCUUUUGCUGAGUAGUUUCUCUUUGAAUAGAGAACAACAUAAGGAUCUGUACAGAUAGUAGCAGGAGAAUUAGAAAUCUGCGUGUGCACAAAUGACACACAGUCUUGCAUGCAUUGAAUGCCUAUGGACAGUAUAUUAAGAUGCAACCUCUAUUUUUGUCAGGAAGCAUAUGUGCAUUAUCCAUUAUGUGAAAAUGGCAUUUAUGCGCCCAGUUUUCAUUUGACCUUUGUGGAAAUGCAUCAGGUCAGGCUUUGUUGGAUUGAAAAAAUUAUGCUCCCGUUCACUCGUAUAUAAGUGUAGCAACUGAAUGGUGGGAUAUUCAGGACAGACAGAGGGAAGUGCUUCUUUAAAAAGCGCAUAAUUGAACUAUGACACUACGACAAGAUGUGGUGAUGUUCUUCAUCUUAGAUGGCUUUAAAAGGUAGUUAACAGAGUAAUGGAGGAUAAAAUGAUAAUUGGUCAAGUAAUGAUUGUUAUAUGUUCCUGCCAUGAUCAGAAGCAGAAGGAGUGCAACAGGGAGAGGGGGCUGUUGUCCCCCACCCCACCCUGGGCCUGCUUCUGGGCUUCCCAUAAGCAUCUGGUUGGUUACAGUGGGAAAUAGGAGUCUGGCCCCUGAUAUGGCUAAUCCAGCAGGGCUCUUCUUAUCUUCUUAACUGAAUGCAUGGAGUGUGGACCUGGGCCAUGCCUGCUAGCCUUUCCUUUGACUUGCCUGUGUUCAAGAUUCCUUCAUGCACAGAGUUUCUGUGUGUUCACUCAUCCAUGGUGGUAUAGGCACAUAGUUUCUGUUCACACAGAUUCCUUGUAUUUGUAGGAGCAUGACCCCAAUUGCCUUUCCAUGUGCUCAUUUAGACAGUCAUUUUGUUCCAUAGAACAAUGCAAACCCAGGAUUCAUAUCACCCCGCUUGGGGUCGGGGGACUGAUUUCAUGAUCACUCACAAACAUCUGACUCAUGGAUGCCUUGUGGAAUGUACCAAAGUCUUGAAUAUAAAUUUUGCAACUGGGUAGUUGUAUUUAUUCUAAGGAUGCACCCCCAGGUGAACUUACAUGGAAGUAAGUUGUAAAAUUAAGGGGUGCACAUAUUUAUUUAGGAUUGUUGAGCUACUGUGGAUCCAAGCUUAUAAAUUACCGUAUUUUUCCUUCUAUAAGACUCCCCCAUGUAUAAGACGCCCCCUAUUUUUGGGGACUCAGAUUUAAGAAAAUGCGGGGAGAUGUAUCCGUGUAUAAGACACCCCCUAAUUUUUGACAUUAUUUUAAAGGGGAAAAACCUAGUCUUAUACACGGAUAAAUACGGUAUUUUAUUUUCUGCAACUGCAUAAUGGAUGGAAACAUGAAGGAAAUGGUUUGUGCUUUACUGAAAAACACUGUUUCAUUGUGUUCUUCUCACAAUGGCGAAAUUCAAAGAAGACAAUACUGAAAAAACAUGGAAUUGUGCUGUGAUAGUUUAUCUGUACCAAGGUAGACCAAUGCCAAACAUCUGUUAGCUGUUUUUAGUCUUUAAAAGUUUUUCCUACCGUUAAAAGCCUAUUGUAGUUUUCACAGAUUUUAAUUGUUUUCCUUUGUUCUUUGAAGAUCCAUUAUAAGAAGACAAAGCAUAACCAUCAGAGAAGUGCUCCUCCAUGCCUUUUAUCUUUUUCAUGUGUGGUAGCCCAAAUAUUUAUAAUGGGCAACCCAUAUCCCUUGGUGCAACUCCACCAAUUUGCUGCUGCCUUAUUAGGAAUGCAUGAAGGUGCCUUACACUAAACUGUUGAUGACUGAAGAUGAACCCAUUGCUCCUUUUUCAUAUUUUUAUGUUGAACAACUCAGUUGUAAGCACUCGUGCCAAUGUGCCUCUGACUGGUAUGUAGUUGCUAAAGUUCCAGUAUAAUGUCAUGCUUUGUGAGGUGGCGGUGGCACAGCUACUGAUACGCCCUCCAAAGCUGGUUGUAAGGUCAGGCUAAAAGGAGGAAGAGUGGGCAUGUUCUUCUUGAACCAGCCAUUGCUUUUGGCUUCUCGGGAAAUUUUCUCUUGUGUCAAAAGGCAUCCAGUAAUCUGAAGACGUCACGUAAUCAAAACAAAAGCAGUUUUCUAACAAAAUGUCACUUUGCGCUGUGAUAACAUGCUCUUUUGAGUUCUUUUGUUGCCCAGAGAAUGUUCAGAAAGAUAAUUACACUAGCGCCUGUUGGAUAAAUGUCUCGAUUUAGUUUGGGACUUUCUCCAGAUGUUUGCAAGGUUUCAUCAUCCCCUUGCUGCUGUCAGCAGUCUCCAUAUCUUGGGCAUUUCACCAUAUCAUUUGUACAACUUUAAGCUUGUUGCUUUUGUCCAGAAAGAGAGGGAAGCAUUCAAUUUGAAAUGGAGCAACUAGUUUACAGGAACCGACUGCUAACUGGUACGGCAUGUGCUGUGAAGUGAAGUAAUAGUUCCAACUUGGCACAGGUUGGAGUGACAGAGGUGACUAAGCAGCAGAAAUGAUGAGUCGCAGUAACCAAUCGCCUUCCAGCAGAUGCGGGAAACCUUUAUGAAAGUCUGGAUAGAUUGCUACUCAAGAAGCACAAAUCUUGCACUGCAUUUUCUGCACUGCUUCUUGGAGUAUUAAUAGAAGAGAGGGGGCAACGUGGAGCUGGCAGUGUUUUCCCCAGGGUGUGCAUUAUAUUCUGCGCAGAGAAAAAGACUGUCCACGAAGGCUGCAUGGCAGUGCCAGAGGCGCCAAGGUGGGACAGCAGCAAUGGACAGAAGCAAUCCCCAAGAGGCAUUUUAUCCAAGGUAAGGGAGUUAUCCUCAGUUACUGGGCAUUGUAAGUCCUGACCAGCACCCGAGACGGAUAUAUGAAUGGGGUACAUGGAAACAUGUGACAAAAAGGGCUUUGAAUAGAAAAGGACAACACUCAAAAAAGAGGAUGCUGUCUGGGUUUGAAAAGUGUCUGAGCACCUGACUGCACCCACUUUCAUUAAGAAGUUUUUCCACUAUGUGGUGUCCAUUUCUCAGUGCAAGCUUGUUUUCUCUGGUAAACCAUAUGUGCAGUAUAAUCUGUAAUAUGAAAGACUUGCCAACUGGUUAUAAGUUUUAGUAUAGCGUGCAAAAUUGUUUGUACUAAGGACAUAUUGCGUUGUGCGAAUGAACCAUGUGCUUUCAAGCUGAUGGUGAAAGUAAAGUUCUUCUCAGUGGUAAGAGGGGAUUCAAGUUCGCUUAGACUCUGUUCUGUGCUAUAAUUAGUGAAGAUAUUUCCGAAGCUGUGACUCUCACAAUCACCUUAAAAAUAUAAUUUAACUGUGAGCCUCUGCGGUACUGUGUGAAGAACAGCCCUGCAGCUACUUUUUCUGUGACUGCUAAUUUUUUAGCAUUUGCACUAUUGUCAGAUUUAGGUAUUGGGCAGACAUUAUCGGCUGCGGAAAGCUUCUGGCAUCAAAGUAGAAUAUAUAUUUUUGAUUUUUUUUCUUGAUUAUGUUUGAGAUUAGCAACCCAGUCCUAUGAACUGCCUUGUCACUGAAUACAUGCUAUAGAUGGAGCAUAAAUUAUUUCAUUAUUUAUUCUUUAAAUUUGUGUACCACCCUUCACCCGAAGAUCUCGGAGCAGUUCACAGCAUCAAAAUACAAAAUAAAAAUGCAAAACACACAAUAAGGUCACAAACAGCACUGUUGUGCUUGUGUUGCGAACAUAACUAUUGCAGCAAGGUGGGCUGUAGCUGCUACAGAGCCACACUGCCAGAACUGGGAAGCUAGGUAUGAUCACAUUGGGCUUGGGUUCUGGAGACAUCACACAUAACCCUCUGCUCUUCCAUUUGACUUUGGUACUGCAAGCUAUAUUGGCACAACUGCAUGCAUUUGAGGACCUUUCUGCAGAUUGGGUCAUCCUAAAAAUGACAACCUUGGAGUCACUUGAUCAAAAGUUGAAGAGAUGUUGAUUCAGUGACCUCUUUAACACCCUCUUGUUCACUCUGGGAGAAAUAGCCAUGUAGACAAUAACAGGCUGAGGUGAGUUAGGCCAAGAGACUUGGUUGGCCCAGUGACCUGUGGUGGUGGAGUUCACAGUUCCGUAGAGAAACAUAUCGGGUGAGAAAAAAUGGGUGCAGGUGUACCUUCUUCCAUUCCUCUGUUGGUUUACCUGCUCACCCUCCUCCUCCCGCAUGUGGUGUAAAAAGCAGAACUCCAGUCCUACCCCACAACAGAUAGGGGAGGAAAUCAAGAAUAUAGGAAGCCCAAUUGACAAUCAUUAGGCAGCUCUAAAGGAGAUCAGUUACACCAGGGUAAUGGCUAAAAGUUAACUGGCAAAGCUGCAGUUUAUGUUAUUGUUGUUGUUGUUUAGUUGUUUAGUCAUGUCCGACUCUUCGUGACUCCGUGGACCAGAGCACGCCAGGCACUCCUGUCUUCCACUGCCUCCUGCAGUUUGGUCAAAUUCAUGUUGGUAGCUUUGAGAACACUGUCCAACCACCUCGUCCUCUGUCAUCCCCUUCUCCUUGUGCCCUCAAUGUUUCCCAGCAUCAGGGUCUUUUCCAGGGAGUCUUCUCUUCUCAUGAGGUGACCACAGUAUUGGAGCCUCAGCUUCAGGAUCUGUCCUUCCAGUGAGCACUCAGGGCUGAUCUUCUUGCAGAUAGGUUUGAUCUUCUUGCAGUCCAUGGGACUCUCACAAUACACAUACUGGUGGUAAAUAAUAAAUUCUUUUUAAAAUCUGUAUACUGUGUGUGUGUGUGUGUGUGUGUGUGUGUGUGUGUGUGUGGUAUGUUUGAUUAUUACUUUUUGUAUUGGGGAAAGAGAGUCCUAACACUGGCUGGUAGCAGUUGUGUGAGAAUGAUGAUAACUCUUUUUACUUCAUUCACAGUAGCGUCAAUCUGAAACUCCUGUUAACGUAAGACAGAUUGUAGUGUGAUGAUUGGCGGGUGGGGGGAAUGUGAGGAAGCUGUCUACAUUAUGUGUACCUCUAACAUACAUUGUACUGUUGGCUUGUAUUGCUACAAUCUGAUCUGAAUUGUUCUUAAUGUGAAUACGCAGCAUUUUUCACAGUCUUGGUUCCCAUUCUUUUCAUGCUAUUCCAGAACCACAUGAGCAAAGAAGGCACAAUACAUCUCAGUACAGAGCAGAACAUGGUGUACAGUUUAUUUCCUAUCCAGCUUUGCCUUUCCCCUGUGUGAACUGUUCUACCUCACCUUCUGCAAUGGUCCUUUGCUACAGACUGAUUUUUGCAGUGCAAGCAGUUAGGCUAUAAGUGCUUGCUGAGCACUGGACACUGUGUGUGGUUUGCAGAGACCAAAUACUUUAAAAGAACAUAACUAAUUAUAGAAAAAUAUCCCGUGCAUGCGUAUUCUAAAGCAUCUUGAGGGCAUGGAUGAGAUUACAGCUAUAGACAAUCGCUUUACUUGGCACCAUGAAACUCAUCUUGACAUUUUUCUUCAAAUGGCGCUCUGUUGACCACUGUUUAUAGAUGAGGGAGUUGUUCUGCGCACCACAGUCGUACAUCUACUGCUUUACUAGUUGUGCUUCUGGAAUUUUUCAGUGCAGAAGGAGAGGUGUAGAGGGUCCCACCCAAUACAGCAGCAAAGCGAACAAGAGUUAAGAUUAGGACUGGGCGUUAACUGUUUUGCAACGUAGUCAUAUACUGCCAGCUAGGCACCACGAUAUGGCAGUAUAUCACAAUGUCGGAAAGGAGCCCAUGUCAAAGCAGUGGCGGACGAGGCAGACCCAUCCACUGCCUUGGCACGAGCGGGGUGGGGCGAGUGGUCUGCUUCUCCCGCUCGCACCUCCCACCACCCGUCCAAGGUGGUGGCAGCUGAGGCAAUAUCCACUGUUGCCUUGAGAUGGGCAAGGGAGACUGGAGAGUCUCAGCUGAUGGGUGGGCAGACGGGUUUCUUUGAGCCUUCUCGCCCCCCGGCUGAGCAAGCCCCACAUCCCACUGGUGCGUGUGUGUGCCAGAGGGAUAGGGGGCUUGUUGAAGCAGAGGGAGGAAUAAGCUGUAUCACACCACACCGAAGCAGCUUGUUUCUCCCUCUGCAGCUGUAUGAAGGCAGAUCGCUGGUGAAACCGCCACCACUCUUGAGUCCCUCUGCCUCCAGCGCUGGCUGCAGUUUGUUUCUCUCUCAGCCCGCUGGGCGCUGGAGGUAGAGGGACUCAGGAGGAGGUGGUUUCACCAGUGAUAUACCACUGUUUGAAGCUGUCAUCGCGAUCUGCGCCUAAUACCGGUCCUGGGCAAUAUAUGGAUAUAUUGCCCAGGCCUAGUUACGAUGUCUAUCAAAGUGGAAUUGGCAAAAUGCAAAGCAUAGGCACAGGGCAGUUUCCUGCUGGUGAUGGAAUGCAUUGGUUUGCAUUGAGAGAUUUUUGGGCAAUGAUCAGACAUGGUAGAUAAAACUCCGCCCCCCUCCAUACCCCGUGAAUGUUUAUGGAUACCCAGGAGUUUCUUCCAUAGAAAAGACAGUGAAUAAUAAACAGGCUUCUAAAAACUUGCUGAUAUGUCCAGAAGGAGGCCAUAACACUUCUACUAAUGAAGUCCCCAGGAAUCACUGCUGUAUGAAACUGCCUUCUUAAGCUCCUUUUUACCUAGGAGUCUGGAAAAUCUGUUUCCAGUACUGCAGUCUCAUGCUGACCUGGUUACAAUGUGGAAUUCAGUUCUCCCUAUAAAAGGGUAAACAACUGGAAUACUGGCAAGGGUCGUGAUAAUGUUGAAAGCAAGCCAUGCUGUAACAAUUGGCUUCCAUGCUUCUGGCAGAGCCAACGAGGGAAGGCUUCUUAGAAUACGAGUAAAGGCACUCUGCUUGGAUCCAAGGGCAGGAGACUUAUGACAAUCACUAGGCAUGGUUGACAAACAUGGCACAAAUUAAUCUUGGCUAGGAAUGCAGCAGCAGAUGGUUCGCUGCUUAAGUGAAUUGAACUUGCUUUAGUUUAGGAUUCUUGACAGCAGCUUCGCAACGUAACAUCACCACUGUUGGAAGUAGUUUGUGACAUUUGUGUAUAGCCAGAUGUUCUAGAAAUACGGAGUACAUGCCUCGUUUACUCGUUGAAGGCCUGAGGGCUAGAAGAUGCCUUUUGUGUCUGGAAGAUGCAACCUGCAAUGCUUGAGCUGAUAGAACAUUUGCCUUUCAGUGGGUGAACUUUAACUAUUGCUUAACAUGCCCCCCCAAGUCAGUAAAUUUUCAACAUAAACAUUCCCGGUGCAAAUUAGUAUGAAAUAUGAUAAUGAUCUAAUUUUUUUAGCUUUAGCUUUAUUGUGCUUUGUCUGGAAGGACACUGGCUAUUGAUGGCAAUGAGCUGAAACCUAACACUUUGGGCUUUUUCCUCCAUUUGUGGGAUGUGGCCACCUCUCUUUGAAAGUCCGUGUAAGAUGUUCCGAACUACUUUUGUGGUGUUUCUAACAGUUUGGGAAAUGUGAUAGUUUGUGCCUUGUGGCGCCUGUCUUCCUAAUCACAAAUUAACACGUUGGAUGUACCGUUCUAAAGUGAAGAUUUUCAGUUUAGUACCUUCAGCAAAAUGUCUCAGCUUUAUUUCCCUGCUCUCCCGAUGAGGAAUGAAUUAACUGGGGUAUGCAAGGUGAAAACGGACCGCUUUCGCCUUGCAUGCUUCAGACAUUGCUGGGAGAUAGAGCUGCGCCUAAUAAUGGUUCACUUUUGCUCACAAUACUGCAGACUGGUAAAAGACCAAAGAUCAAGUUCAGGAAGGUCAGGGCCGCUCCAGACCUUGCAAAUUUCUACCCUCUGAGUCCUUCUGCAACCUUAUCCUCAUUUCCUCCUCUGUGCACAGUCUUGAAUCAUAGUCAUGCUGAGCAGCACUUUCUUCAUACAGUGUUCCAGGGCUUAUAUUGCCUGAAAGGCUCAAAUUCAUAUUUAGAAAGUUUAUUCCCAGAUGCUUGUGGGCUGGUAUGGUUACUCAACAGAGAGGAGAAGGCAUUCUGCACAUAAUCAGAGGCAUUUUUCAUUAUGUUGCAUUUCUUGGAGCUGAGCUAUGUGUUUCCAAAACAGAUGAGGCAAAGCGCUGAGCCUGAACUAAAAUUAAACAUUGCUUUCAGCAUGAACUCAAUUGUGCUUGCAGUCUUUCAUCUACCAAUAACCUUAGCUAAUUGCAUGCAACAGAAGUGGCCCUGAGGUGCUAUUGUGAAAUAAGCCCCACAUAAAUUGUGCAUGCCCAUAAAGAUGUACAGAACUGCUCAUCAAGUGUUCUGCUUGAUACUAUUUUUUAAGACAUAAAAUUCUUACAUUUUCUUUCUAAUACUGUAGUUACAUCUUGGUUUUGCUGUAAAAAUAUCUAUGUUUAAUGUCCCCAAUGUAUCGGGUGCUAGGGGAGGGGUAGAACCUCUCUUGGGACUUGCUCCUUCUGGGGUAGUUUGUCCACUUUUGGUCCCUACUCUGCACUCAGCUCUCACCUGUGGCUCCUAGUAGCUGCCAGCAUACAACAGCAGCCACACCCUGAGAAACGGGCUUUCAUUGACCAGCUAAACUAGGUGAGGCUAGCCAAUGGGUCUCAAACCCUUGGUGAGUUAGGGACUUCUUCUGCAUGUGAAGAUAGACUAUGAUGGAUUGAAUGGACGAGUCCAAUAGUGGGUUUGACGGUCAAGAAGGCUGGUACUGCAUGUGCUGUAGAGGGAAAUAUGGGGCAGGUGAGGCUUGUCAACCUGGGAAGGUAGCCCAUCUAAGAGGAGGAAAACUCUGAUCCUAAAUCUCUGCUGCCUGUACUCAUUCAUGAGGAAGGCUUUGGGAGUAAACCUGAAAAAUCCACACCUGCUGCCUUGCGGGACAUCUUAGCCCUUGAAAGGGCUAAGUAGUAAACCCCAAACAAAUCUGGAGUUGAGUCCCUAAGAUGGUUGGAUAGCUCCUUCCGGCAGCUGGUGCCAAAUUGCUCUGCUUUCCUCUGGACUAGAUCAGUGAGGCCGAGAGGAGGGUCUUGUCAUCUGGGCAACCCAGGACCUCCAUGCACACAGCCCAGACUUGUGCCCCGAGGAGGUCACUACGGCACUGCCAACGCAGCAAAAACAGCUUAGGAGGCAGCAGUUGCAAGUUCCCAGUCUCUGCAGACACUGUGAUUCUCCAGUGGUUUGACUUCAUCCCAAGAGGCACACUCCAUUGACUCUUGAGACAGACAAAUGCCAACAAACACCACAGGAAACUCUUGAGCCUCCUCACUACUUCUCACUCCGGUCCAUGUUACCUAAGGCAUCAACUUGCUCUAUAUAUCCCUGUUUGGCAACCGUGCUCCUCAGAUGAGGAACUUUUGAGAGCACUGCAUGUCCUAGAGGGGUACUUAAGCUGUGCAGUGGUACCUCUAGUUACGAACUUAAUUUGUUCCAGAGGUCUGUUCUUAAUCUGAAACUGUUCUUAACUAGAGACAUGCUUUCGCUAAUGGGGCCUCUUGCUGCCGCUGCGCUGCUGGCACACGAUUUCCGUUCUCAUCCUGGAGCAAAGUUCUCAACUUGAGGUAACUCUUCUAGGUUAGCGGAGUUUGUAACCUGAAGCGUUUGUAACCUGAGGCAUUUGUAACUCGAGGUACCACUGUACUAGAAACAAGACUUUUCAAAUUGCAGAUCCAUCCAGCCUUCUGAGGUUUUCUCUGAGGUGUGGCUCAGUCAUUUAUGGAAUAGCAACUGUGCACCUGUAGAAAUUGUUUUAUUGUUUUUACAGUUUGUAAGAAUGGUUUUAGUUGUCAUUUUAACUUGUACACUACUUUGAUGACUUUAGGUUGUGAAGCCAUUUAUAAAUUUGUAAAAUAAAAAAUAAUAAAAAAGCAAGUAUUUAAUGACUUCUGAAAGUCUUACUGAAGUGUAGCCUUCCAUUGUAGUCUCUGAAGUGACAAAAUGGGUGAUUUGCUUCCAGGUGUCUGAUUGUUGGAGUAAACUUGCAAAUAAACUUACACCAGUUUCAGUUGCAAAUGUAUGCCGUCAGUUCAUUUGUGUAUAUUGAUAUAUUCAUCUGUAGAAGGCAAAUGCUUUAGUGGAUUAGCAGUGGCCCCCCGUGGGCCUUUACUAAGGCUGCUUCAACUGCCUAAAAAUGAUAUAUACUGUUCCAUGACAAGCUGACUCUUUUUCUACUGGAAAUACAUUGGAGGAUGUGUUGAUAUCGCAGCAUGAGAAAUCUAGGAAGUCUAAAGCAAAUGAAAAGUAUAUUUUGUUGAAACAUGUAGCUGUGAAAAUACAGGUAACUCACAACUUACAUGCAUUUAACUUGUGCACAUUCAGUUUUACGUACUUGGCAAUUAAAAAAUAAUAAAUGAAAAGAGAGUGUGAGGUUCCAGGAAAAUUGACUUUGGCAAUCCCACCUGCUAUUGAAUCCAAUGUGUUUUGACUGUAUGAACCUUUAUCACAAGGAUAAAUUACGAAGUGAGGAAUAUGCAGCAAGCAAGAGAGAAUGUAAUGUUUGAAGUUCUAAAUUCCAAAGAAGUGACCUGGCUGAAUAAAUGCAGUAUUCAAUUCAACCAUUUCUAUUCCAUCCCUUUACUUAAACAGCCACCAGUCCCCACCCCCCUUUCUGACAUUGGCAUGUACUUCUGAUUACUGGGGGCAGGGCAUAUCUACUUUGUGCCAUGCUUGGGAGCUCCCCACUGAUAGUGUGGUGGAGGCCAGUGAGGGAAGAAGGGACCCUUUGUCUGAGUCAGCAAGACAAUCCUCAUAACAUUGUGGUUAUAGCUAAAGGAUUUUAUUUGGAGAGAGAGGCACUGUUGCCUGCUUUACAAUUCCUAAGCAAUAUUGCCUACUCUUUAAUAGGAAUAUUUGUAAUUCAUAUUGCUGCAGUAGUAUUUAUAAUUCAAAUACCUCUUGCUAUAAUCUCUCUCCAUUCAGAAGAUAUACAUCCUAUCUUACAGGUAUAUUAGCAGCCGGACAGGGGAAGGCUUUCUGGCCUUGGUGUUUACACAGCUGGACAAACAGCAUAUUCAAAUCUGUGUUUUGGGGGAAAGCUAUGCAAAUGUAGCUUUUAAUUUCCAGCUUUUAAAAAUGUACUGCUUUACAUAUGAGAGGCAGAACAUCUUUUCCUCUGCAGAUCUUCACUCAAAUUUCCAAGUAUGUCUGGGCAUUCAGAACCACAUAUUAAUUUUAAUACAUGAGUUGUGUGGAUGCCGUGCAUUUUGAUGUAGACACCAUUUGCCCUCAUCCCAGAUGUGAACAGCUGUUGAAGGAAGUGUAUUGUGCAUGACUUCAAAGGGACUUGCUGCUUUACUUCCUCCUCUCCCACCUGUCAGAAGGGCACUUCUUAAGUUUUACUGAGCUCUGGCGAGCUAUACUGGACCAGUCCGUAAAAAACGGAAGAACUUGAGUUCUUUCGUCCAAAUCCAGAUUGUAACCUCCCUUUGUUUUGUCUAUACACAAUGCAUGCCAAAGAUGCUUUAGAAUCUAAGUAUGUCCUCAAAAGGUUCCCCUCCCCCCAAAAAAACCCCACUGAUGACAUUUUUCUAGGGACAGGUGGCAACCCUACCCUCAUCCCUUGUUGUGAGCUCCACACUAGGAGAACUUGUACUUCUGAAAUCCCAACAAUAUGCUUUCCUUCUGCUUCUGUUAACACUGGAGCUACAGUAUGACUCCCAUCGUUCCACUUACUACACAUUUGGAAACAGAAGUUGGGUACACCGCAACAAGUGCAUUGUCUGUCACGCUGUGCCCACAAGUCAUACUCCUAAGCUGAAAUUCAUGUGAUCAGGCAGCUAAUGCCCUGCAGGGCUUUUGUAAUCUCUUGCUGAUCUCUAUAGAGAGCUAACUUGUUUGAGGGACUCCUCCUGUUCAGGCUAGCUAGCUUGACUGAGGACAAUGUAAUGGAAAAAUGUAGAAACGGGGCCUGCCUGGACGUCAUGCGGUAGCUUAGCAACCGGUCACUGCACAGAACUUCUUAAUAGGCAAGUUUGCCUGUCAGUUUUUGCACAGGCCUGAUGGUGUGAUUUCGUGUCCCCCUCGAAAGAUGCCGGAGAACAGGGAAAUACCAGGGCUUCCUGAUGUCGCUGUGGCUAGCUCUGUGCCAGCAGAGGAUCACUUUACAAGCUAUGCCAAGAAUUUAACUGGCUUUUCAAACAAAGCAGAAAAUGUUCAACAGCCGAUUGUUGGUGCAGGGGUUAAGCCUCUUUAAAAAAACAACAACCGGCAGUAGCAUUUCCUGUUGCUAGCUUAACAAUGCAGAUGAAGAGUUGUUUAAAUUGUUUUGUAGUAAAUCUCCAGUAACAGGAAGCUGGAAACAAUUGGGGAGUUCAGUAGUUUGUGACUUUCUAUUUUUGUAAAAACAGACAUCUCUACAUACAAUGCUUUGACCGUAACUGCAGAGUUGCUUGCAUUUGACAUCCAUCUCUAGCUCCCUUUUGAAAGAAAGAGUGUAGAAUUCAGAUUCCUUUCAUUCUGGUUUUCUAGUGGAUAAAGUGCUUUGGUUACGCUUAGCCUCACAAAAAUGAGAGACUACGAUGAGACAGUGACUGGUGAGCAGAACAUCUUUUUUUCACAUCCAAACUUGAUGCUGUGUCCAUUACACCAUGCACCCCAUCCCAUUCUUACCCUGCUACCAUAAUCCAUACACAAUAUAGUGUCCAGUGAAGUAUAGUGUCCAGAUCAAGGGACAUAAUAGUCCUGUUCUAUUCUGCCUUGGUCAGACCACACCUGGUGUACUGUGGCCAGUUGUGGACACCACAAUUUAAGAAGGGUAUUGAGAAGCUAGAACAUUUGCAAAGAAGGGUGACCAAGAUGACCAAAAGUCUGGAAACCAAGCCUUAUGAGCAACAGUUGAGGGAGUUAUGUUAAGCUUGGAUAAGAGGAGACUGAGAGGAGAUAUGAUAGCCAUCUUCAAAUAUUGAAAGGUCUGCCACAUGGAAGGUGGAGCAAGAUUGUUUUCUCCUGCUCCAGUGGGUAGGACUCGAGUCAAUGGAUUCAUGUAACAAGAAAAGAGAUUCCAACUCAACAUCAGUAAGAACUUUCUGUUGGUAAGAGCUGUUGAUGGUGGAACAGUCCCCCUCAGAUAGUGGUGGACUCUCCUUCCUUGGAGGUUUUUAAGCUGAGGUUGGAUGGCCACCUGUUUUAGCUGAGAUUGCAGAAGUUGGGUGAGAUGGCCCUUGGGGUCCCUUCCAACUCUACAGUUUUAUGAUUCAGUAAUAACUGAGCAGUCAAAUGCUAGAGUUUCCAAAAUACUGCCCCAAUAAAGCUAUGGGGACAGGAUGUUUUCUGUAAGAAGCUAAGCCCUAAGGCUGUAUCCGUUUGAUAAUCAUCUUCCUCCAUAUGUCUUCACAAAUGUACAGCCUUAGUAUGAUAGAAAGGAAUUGCUCCACUACUUGGAAAGUGCCAUGUCACUAUAUGAAGACACAUUGAUCUCUUUCCAUUUGCCCAAGUUACGCAGCAUCAGGUUGGCAGAUUACAUAUGGAAGCAUUAAAAAGUUUUAAGAACUCCCCACAAGUAGAAAAUAAUACAGCAGGAAAGAGGCUCAGAUGGGCCUUUCCUCCUGGUGAGCUGUCUUUCAGCUUUUAAUGAGGUGAAUUUAUUAUCAUUAUUAAUAGUGCUUAGAUGGGGGAACAUUAAUAAAUUUAUCCGGCUACCUGCUGCAUGUUUAAAUUGACCAAAAAUGGAAGUGAGGCUCAGAUGUUCUGUUUUGCUUUUGAUGUAUUAGUCUAUCAGGAGAACUGUGUUCACAUUUUUGUUCAGCCAAAAAGCUCUCUUGGUAGGUUUGGGCAAGUCAUUGUUUCUCAGCAAUAACCUACCUCACAGGGUUGCUGAGAUGAUAAAAUGGGAAAAUUCCAUGUUACUUUCCUUAAACUCUGUAGCGGAAGGCCCAGAUACUAAUGGAUAAAUAAAUAACAAUGGGCACACCCUACGCAGAAUAAUAGAUUGUGCAAGAAUGGUUCCUGGACUGUUAUCUCAGCAUUGUUUUGCGACUCUGCAGGCAUCUGCAAGUCUUUUGAAUGCUUUUCUAUUAUUAAUGCUAAAACAUUCCACUUUCCUGUUUCCAGUGACUGUUUCCUCUUUAGGUUAGAGAAUAAUUUCUUUACCACAUCUAAUGGGUCGGCAUAAGAUCUACUAAAGCUGAAAAAUGUACUCUUAUCCCCCUUGUAAAUGCCUUGGGGGAGAUCCUGAAUAUACAAAAGUGUAAAUGAUUUCCUUGUUUCAGGUUUACAACAUGAACAGCUUCAUAUUUUUAAAACUACAAUUUCCUGUUGUAUGCAAGAACAUUUAGUCCCCCCCCCCCCAAUAUUUUGGGUAGAUAUUUGACAUAUGAUGACUCCCCAGAAGUCUUGAUUAAGACUCCAGAAAUCAAAUCAAAUUGCUUUGUGCUGAGAAUUUCUGAACAUGAUUUGUUUACUUUCAAGAGAUGGAUGACUCAAAGGGGCAAAGUAAAGGCAGCUUUCCUUGUUAUGGAUUUACCAUAUAACCAUACUGCGUGCCUGCACCUAGGUCUUUCAUAAUUAGCUGUGGUUUCUCAGCUUACCAUCCAUGUAGAUAUACAUGGGAGCUACUGCUGAUAUGACUUGAGUAUAAUUUGUUGGUGGUGGUGAUAUGCUCCUAGACCUAGCAUUACAUCUGGAUGUUCAAAUGGCAUCUGUUGCCAGGAGUGUCUUUAGCUAGCUUUGGUUUGCCAGCUCUGUCUUCUCCUACAGUACAGGUGGAAAACAUAGGGCCUUUCAUGUUGUUGUACUGCGACUCCCAUUGUCCCUGACCAUUGACCAUGUUGGCUGGGGCUGAUGGGGUUGUAGUCUGACAACAUCUAGAGAGCACCAUGUUGACUACCCUUGUCUGACCACAAUUAUACAUCAACUGGACAACUGGCUAUAAAUGUGGCAUCCUGGCUGUUGGCCAGGACUAACUUCUACAUUCACUUCAUUCCAGUUCCAAAGGAAUUUUAUUUUAUCACUUAGCUUUUCAGCCACAAUAUAAGGUACUGGUUCUGAUACAUUAAGCCCUAAAAAUAUAGGAUGAAGUUAACCCAAGGAGUGCGCAGAAAUGAGAGCACCAUACCUGAGUCCCACCUGUAAACAAGCUUGUGGUUUUGAAUUAGGCCAAAAGAUGGGAUAUAAGCUGAUGAAUAAUAGCUUCUUUUAUUUUUACUAGAGCUCUGCUGUAUGUAAGGUUAACUAGAAAUAUUCAAUGCAAGUCAUAGUUCUGUCAGUUCUCCUAAGACAACUUGCACCACUUCUGAAACAGAAAUGUUUUAACCUCUCCUGUGCUAUUGUGAUCAACUGAGCAGGAACUUUCUAUUACAAUACUGGUUCUGUUUGUACCACGUUAUGGGUAGGGUUGCAAGAUUUUUGUUCCUCUUUUCUGUACACUAGUGUAAAGCUUGCUAGAUCAACUUAGUUUCAUACUUGAUGGACUAUUCCUAAAGCAGGGAGUCUGGGAAAGCUUUUUAGUGCACAGCCAGUGACAGUUCAGUGCCAAAAGGGACUGAUGUAAUAGGGUGGAAUUCAACAUUGCGUUUUUCCAGUAGUUCUGUGUGCAAGCAUUGCAGCUUUCCAGAUGGAAUGAGCCCUUCUCUCCUCCCCUGCUGUUCUGGGGUUUCUCCUGGCACCCCUUUAAGCCAAUUUGGGGGCACACAAGGAGAGGAGAGAGAGGAAAGCUUUUUAAAAAAACGCUCAUUAGAGUUUGACACUGCAACAUGACAUAGAAUCAUAGAACUGUAGAGUUGGAACAGACCCUGAGUGUCAUCUAAUUCAACUCCUUGCAAUGCAGGAAUCUCAGCUAGAUCAUAGAUGGAGUGGGGGGGGGAUUGCUCUAUCUUCCAUGCAACAACCAUUUAGAUAUUUGAAGAUGCCUAUCAUGUCUAGAUGCAGCCUAGAUAUGAAGCAGCCUAGAAUAGCAUUAGUUUUGCACCACAGAACCCUGCAGUACCCCUCUUGUCACUUUUUUGCAGGAUGACACAGAACCAUUAAUGAGUAUUCUGGGGUUGGUCAGUCAACCAGCUACAAAUCCACAUAACAGUUAUUUUGUCCAGUCCACAUUUUACCAGCUUCACAAGAAUAUCAUAGAGGACUUUGUCAAAAGCCUUACUGAAAUCAAGAUACACUAUGUCCAUAGCAUUCCCCUGAUCCACCAAGCUUGUAAAUCUAUCAAAAAAGGAAAUAUUGUAGCAUCUGGAACAUAUGAUAGGGUCAGGGUUGAAGGUUUGGCACUGGACUGAUUUUGUGUUGCUUUUUUUUUUUUUUUUUAAGCAAGCUCAUAAGGUGAUCAGCAGAGAGACUUGCUCUGUCUCAUGGCCAGUGUAGCAGGUGGGACAGAAUCAAAUUUUGUCACCUAUGCUUUAAUGUCCAUAAGAAGCUGCAAUAAGAGAUUGUCCGUACAUUUGAGAUUUGAUAUAAUUAAUAUAAUAAAAUCCACCUUUCUGUUUCUUUUAGCAAAGCAGCUGGCAGCAGCUGUAUCUUUUGUGAAUUAGUAACUGGAGCUUGUGGUUGGAUAGAUGUGCCUUAACAAGUUUAACUUUAAUCCAGGCAAGAUGGAAAUGAUUAUAGUUGUGGCUAGAGAUUCUGGAACCAUGCAAUCUGCUUGCAAUAGAAGGUGUGUGUUUGUAUUACUUUUAUCGUCCAGGUAUGCAGCUUAAGUGCCCUCUUGAAUCCACUGCAGUAUUUGGAGAAGUGUGUGACAGCAAGGGCCAGGAAUUAUUUUUCAUUAUAUGUUAUAUCUAAUGCAUCAGCUGUGUCACUUUGUGGUGAACCCUGACCUCCACAGCACCUUUGCGACCUCAUGGACUAUAUGAGGACUUCCUUUGAAUGUUGGUUUGUAGCUGUGGCCAGUAAAGAAUGCUGGCUGGUUUGUUCUGAGAGUAUUUGAAAGCAAAAAUAUAUUAGUUUUGUGCUGAUGCAGUGGUACCUUGGGUUAAGAACUUAAUUCGUUCUGAAGGUCUGUUCUUGACCUGAAACUGUUCUUAACUUUAAGCACCACUUUAGCUAAUGGGGCGUCCCGCUGCUGCCGCGCCACCACCACACGAUUUCUGUUCUUAUCCUGAAGCAAAGUUCUUAACCCGAGGUACUAUUUCUGGGUUAGCGGAGUCUGUAACCUGAAGCAUCUGUAACCUGAAGCGUCUGUAACCCGAGGUACCACUGUACUAGGGUUCUCUUGAGGUGCUUCUCCUUACCUUUUCAAAGGCUGUUAGAUCAGUACUAAGUCACCAUCUUUAAAGACCAUUUCUUCCCCUUAUGAGUCUAGUUGCCUGUAAGACCUUGAGCGCCUUCUUCAGAGUAUUCUUCUUUAGGAGGAUGAACUGCCAAUGAUAAGGAGAAGUAGUGCAACCGCUGGUUUUCUGUGCAUCCUCCAGCCAGCCCCAGAGCUUCAACUCUAGUUGUAGGUAUUUUUGGAUACAGUGUUUUUUUUAUAUGGAUUGGAAAAAGAGUGGCAGAGAGGUUGCAUAAUGGGGGUUUAGAGGGUGCGCUCCACUUAACGUGGUAUUUGCCUAUGCACGUAGGGGCCCAGAACACAACCACUGCAUAAAUGGGGAGUCGCUUGUAUUUACACAUGGUACCUGCAGUAAAACUCUGAGAUGGAUGUUGAGAGAGAGAUGUUUGUGCACCCCUCCACUGUGCUUAUAUUUUAAAAUGUUGUAUAAGUUUUUCAACUGAUGAUCUGGAUGAAAAUGAAAAAAAUUAAUGGGGUUCUUUUGCCUUGUCCAUAUACAGCAGGGAUGGGCAAUCUGUGGUCCUCUAGAGGCUGAUGGGAAGUCCAAGAGGGAUGGCAGGAGCUGUAGACCAGCAAUAUCUGGAGCUAGAUCCCUGUUAGAAGCUCAGCAGACAAUCUGUUUGACUUAACAGAAGCUCCAGUGGCCAUGACGAGCUCUUUAGCACACUUACCAGCAUUUGCAGUUUCCAUUCCUGAAGUUUGCAAAACAAUAAAACUUCAAAUAGCACUUUAAAUCAUUAAAGUGCUGUCCAAACACUAACGUAGCUAAUGUCAAAUAUAAACCACAGGGAAUUAAAAAGCCUUGAAAGGAUUUAAAAGGUCAAGGUUGCUCAGCAGUACUUGGUUUUAAGACUCUCUUUUAUUUGUAAAAAAAUUAAUACAGACAUAUUUCUAAAACCGGUUAUAAUCUGUAUGGGAGGAUCUGUAUGGGUACGUACUGAGAAGUGUUUUGGAACUGUUCUUUUUGGGGGAAUGUGAGAGAGCAAACAUUGAUACUCCUUGAAUUAUUUAAAAUAUGAACUCUUAAAAUACUAAUUGACUUUUACAGCGGAGAUAGUAUCAGUUUCACAAGUCUGUAGCUUAGUUCAAGAUAUAAGUCAGUAAAGUGGAAUGUCUCAGUUUUAAGACUGGAUAGGCUAUUAGCUGCACAAAAGUUAUUGCUCGCACUAAAAAGUAGAAUCUCCUUUGCUACUAAUGUAGUACCUAGUGCAAAUCUGAAAACUUAACCAUUUGAAAUAAAGACCCACAUAAUUAGAAAGGUAAUGCUUUUGAAUUAUGGUGUUGGAGGUGACCCUUGAGAGUCCCAUGGACUGCAAGAAGAUCAAAGCUAUCCAUUCUUAAGGAAAUCAGCGCUGAGUACUCACUGGAAGGACAGAUCUUGAAGCUGAGGCUCCAAUACUUUGGCCACCUCAUGAGAAGAGAAGACUCCCUGGAAAAGACCCUGAUGCUGGGAAGGAUUGAGGGCACAAGGAGAAGGGGACAACAGAGGAUGAGAUGGUUGGAUAGUGUUCUCGAAGCUACUAACAUGAGUUUGACCAAACUGCGGGAGGCAGUGGAAGACAGGAGUGCCUGGCGUGCUCUGUUCCAUGGGGUCAUGAAGAGUCGGACACGACUAAACAACAACAAUGUCCCAAUUGCCAUGAAUCAUCUCAAAUUAACCCAAGAAUUUGACUGAGUACUUUGGAGGUGGUAGAAUGUGCAAACUUCUGACUUUUCAAAUAGGCUAGAGUUAGGUGUUGGUAGAUUACAAAUCCCAUUAUCCUAACUAUGGGCAGGCUGGCUGGGGCUGAUGGGGUUUGGGAGUCCCAACAACACCUGAAAGGCACUGGGCAAAUUCAAGAUCCUUGUUAGAUCAUGACAUUAGCCCCUUUUCACUGGGUAAGGGGGGUGGUGCAUACAUGACAGAAGUGGUACAACCCCACACACUUCUGUACUUGCAGAUCAGCUUUUAUUUUAUGGAAGCCUGCUAGGAAGAGCUGAGUGGAUUCCAUAUAUUAAAUAAGAUGUACAAGAGCUCCCUGUUUACACACACACACACACACACACACACACACACUGAUAAGCAUGCUGUCUGUGUUUAAAUAUUUGGCAGAAAGUGUAGUGGAACACUUGCACUCUUUCCCUGCAUCCCAUGUACACAUAAAUCUUGUGUGAACCUGAAGGAUAGCUCAGUUGGUAGAGCAUGAGGCUCUCAAUCUCGGGGUUGUGGGUUUGAGCCCCAUGUUGGGUGAAAGAUUCCUGCACUGCAGAGGGUUGGACCAGAUGAUCCACGUGGUCCCUUCCAAUUCUAUAAUUUUUUUGGGUGCAUCAUUUGUCACUUUCUGCUACUCCCCUUUUCACACUCACUACUUCCUCGGUGCUUUCGUUUAUUUUCUGUCGGUUCUUUUAACUAUUUCUGGUGCCUUCCUGAAUGGGGGAGCAUAGUUAUAAAUAUCCACACACACACACACACACACACACGUAUAUAACUUUCUUUUGAUCAUCCCAGAAAACUCCACAAGCAAACCACAUUAAAAAUUUCUAUAGCACGUGUUGCAGCAAUCCAAAAAAGUGUCUGCUGAGAAUUUACAAUUGCUUUCUUUUCUCUUCCGGCCAGGCUCCUAACCAGAAAACUGCACAAGCAAAUUUAUAAUUGCCUGUGUGUUUUUGCGCAUUUCCUGGGUUGGAUUUUUAUUUUUUAAAAAUUAUACAAAGCGUGCAUACAACUGCCUCCGCACAUGCUCUGUCAGUACUUAAUUGGCAUUGCAGAAUCAGCAGGUAGAGAUUUUUGCACAUGGAGGCAGUCCUUAUCACCUACUAAUGCCUUCAGAUCAAGGAGCUCUUAGGUGGCUUUAAAAGAGAAUCGGACAAAUUCAUGGAGGAGAAGAUUGUCAGAGGUUGCAGCUGGAGGCAGUAAUGGUUCCAUAUACCAGUUGCCGUAGACCGCAGGUGGGGAGAAUGUUCUUGUGUUCAGAUCCUGCCUGUGGGUUUCCCACAAGCAUCUGGUUGGCUACUAUGAGAACAGGAUGCUGAACUAAAUGGUCCAGUGGUCCAGCAGGCUCUUCUUAUGUUCUUCAAUCAUCUUCUCUUGCAGGAGCAAGGCCAGGUGAAAGAACCAGCAAGUUAAGUCGGACACAUCACCUCUUAUGAGCUUGUAAAGCAUCCUUAUCUGUGUGGAUUUAACUUCAGUCCAGGCUUUAUGGCUUGCGACUGCUUGUUUUCACCAGCUGGAAGUAGCUUUGGAGGGUGGGGGAGGAAUGGCAACAUAGGGCAUAGUUAUGCUUGCUUUUCCUGUCCCUCAAAGACAUAUGUGAGAUUCAAGUGAGGUGCUAAAAUUCCACCUCCCUUCCCUCUUGGGCCUUGUUUUUUCUUUAUUUACAAGGAAAUGUGUGCCAGGAGGUGAACUUUUGAAGCCUUGGCAUCUUGUUCAGUCCUGGCAGUUCUGACAGCUGUGAGGCCUUUCUGCUGUGUUGAAGGAAAGAUUGUGGGUUGCUCCACAGCACGGUCAAAUUCAUCCUGACACUUGAAGUCCAUAUGGUGGUGGUUCUUCCUCUCUUUGGCAUGGGGACUCCCAGACGUCGGGUAACCGUGUGUGCAUACUGGCACACAUGGACUGAUGGUUAGGGCUGCCCCCAAGACAUUUUGCUGCUUGGGGCAGGGCAGCAAAUCCAUUUCAUGUCCCGCAAUCAGCCGCUUGAAGUGCUCACUCAGAUGAAAAAUAGGACUGGACUUGCUGGUUGUGUUAUCAUUUACCAAAAUCUUCUAAGUUUCAUUUUGGAAAGCUAGAGCAGGGCUUUCUUUCCUGAUUUAUGGAGGAACGAUGGCUAGUCUGGGGCCCAGUAUUGGGACAAUGGAAAAGCAAAACUUUGCUGUAAGAGAGCAAUUGUCAACUGGAGCUGACACCUUUGGGGUCAUGUACCACUUGGGUUGAAGCCUCUGUAAGGGCUAUUCUGUAUGUGCCAGAACGAGAGCAUUCCUAAGGACUGGAGCCAGGCUUGAAGCUGUGCUUCCAGCAAUGAGCUGUUCAGCCAGAUGUUUCUACCUGCCAAGGCUUGUUAAUGGGCAGAGUAGUCUGCUGUUCCAUGUCCUUAGCCAAUAAACAAAACUUAUUGCUUGGUGGGGAAGGGAAGAUGUUUUGCUUUUUUAAUUUUUUGUGGGGGAAAGAGAGAGGAUGCUAUCAUUGCAGAAACCUCAACUCAUUCCUAAAAAGCCCCCACCCUCAUUAAUAAUCAUGGAAUGGUCUUGCUCCUCACCCCCCCCCCCCAGUUGCCAUGACUGUUGGCACCAUGUCAUCUCACAAAAAUAGGUCAACUCAUUUCUAGGCAAACAUUCUGUCUCCUCCUUUAGGACUCUCUUGGAUGCUCUUAGAUAUCUUCACUUUACACAAUAGGGCAAAGUGUUUGCACAGCAAAUUGCUGCUUCUAACCUUAACACACUGCUCCCUUAUGUAUGAAUUUAACCUCUCUGUAAUAGAGAAUUGCUUCCUUGUGGCUUUCCAGCAUAGCUGAAGAUGACAUGAGAAGCUCAGCCGCAACAUAAGGAGAUUAUAGCAUUACAAGAGAAGCAAGUCAUAAACUCCUUGGAGCUGUUCCAGGAACAAAACUAGCUAAUUUGGGAUCCCCAAAUCCAAGCAAAAAUUCAGAAGGGAGAAAGUUCAUAAGCUUCCUUGUUUAUGAAUGAGGAACACACAGGGAUAGCAAAUGUGUGUUUUAGUUCACAAUCUUGCUGCAAUGAUUUGGUUGAAAUGCACAGUUCCCUUUUAUAGGGAUGCGAUAGAUGACUUCUGCAUGAAGCCGCAGUAGCCCAACAGCUUCGUGAUGGAAGGCUGUAUGAAAGGCUGACCUAGAGGCUCCCUCCAGGCGUCUUUUUAAAAUGCGCAUUCAUGAUCAUUUGCACUCAUGAUGGUAUCAGGGUAGCUGCACAUAGCCUGUAUUCAACAGUGUUUUGCACCUGCAAACUUUGUGGUGGAUAUGUGGCCAUUUCCAGUCAGAGUAUGUACCCCAUGCCAUCCUGCUGAAAUCCUGCAUGCUUUUUUAUGCCACAGACGUUCCAUGGAGGGAGGGGUCAUCUGCCCUGCUUUUGUUGAACUACGAUAUAAGAGCACCCCUCCAGACAACAAUAACGCAGUAACAUUGGGGAAGCGUUGCAGAACAAGUAAUAAAGCAGAAUGUUGUGUGGAUAGUCCAGUAUAAAUACACUACUAAUUCACUAUUAUUGCAUCAGUGACAUGUAGCAGAAUGCACCUGCAAAGAAAUGCCCAGGGCAGGAUUCAACUAAUGAGUCACAUCAGUGCAAGCCUGUACAAAAUGCUUUAUUUCCUUCUCUCUCCCCCCCCCCCCAUGUCCCCUAAAUUGGUUCGGGGUGUCAGGAAAAUCCCCAGAACCCCCAGAAGAGUGCACAGGUAGAGGAGAAGGGGGAUUGUUCUGUCUGACAAGCCGAAAUUCCUUACACUGAUGCAACAAUCAGAAAAGCAUGGCACUGAAUUCUUCCCCUCGAGGCAGCCCUUAAGAACUCAGACUUAAGAAAACCCAGCACAAUCGGUUGGUUGGUGAAGCAAAACACCCUCUUCUUGCUAGAGAACUGUGUCAACUUCCAUGUAAGCCUGAGCCUUGAAGAAGCAAAAGUUUCGUCCUAUUGUUGUUCAUAAUAUCCCCCGAUGGAAAGCCCCUAAGUUCAAAAUCCAUUAAGAUCUGGUCUUUUCUUUUGAGGAAACUUGAUAGCCACUCAUUGAAUCUGUCCCUGUUUGAUAAUAUGGGUGUACCCUUUUGGCUCAUCGCAACCAUUAUAUAAAAGUUGACCUUUCUUGUGUGCAGGCCACUGCCUUAAAAAUCCUUCAGUGCGGCAGCAGCAAAUGCUGAAAUGUUAACAUUUAAGGACUCCUUAUCUGUGCAUUGCCCAAUUGUAUGCGCACAAUGCCACUGUUCCCAGGGAACGAGCUCUGGUGUGCAUAUGUCACACACAACUGGGCGACGCACAGAUGAGAAAUCCUUAAAUGUUACUCUUCCACGCGUAGUUCUGCCGUGGGAAAGAGUUUUUCAGUGUCCUGCACACAAAGAUCCCAUUCAUCCCCCCACCCCCAUCUUUUAACACAUGUUUUGUAGAGUUUCCCAACAUAGGUAUCACUAGGACUCUUAACUCAUCAUUGGGGCAUUACUAACUUUGAAUGGGAAGGGCUGGUUUUGCUAGGAGUCUGCUUACAAUAUUGUUUAGGAAACGUACCGUGAUGGUUUGUGUACUAUCCUUGACGUAGCUUUGCUUCAUUUCAGUCUGGCUUUGAAGUGCUUCAAGGUUUUCUCUUGCUAUAUGAUUGCUAACCACCGAGGAAACAAAACCUUGGCUGCAGAGCAGUUACUGCUCUGGCAGUCACUUUUAUCCUGGGACUGAGUGACUUAUGUUUGUGUUUUCGUAGGAGGAUUCCUCUGCUGGGCAAGUUGAGUCUUAUUGAUGUGAAGCCCAAAUUCCCUUGGAGACUCUCCUUUGAGAUUUUUUUUUAUUUUUUUUACAUCAGUCAAAGCAAAGGGCUGCUUAAAUAACAAAACAAAAAAAAAGCAAAAGGGGAAUCCAACUGUGCUCUCUGCCAGCAUAGAACAAAAGAGCCAAAGUACAGUGCUCCUGGCAGUCUUCUUGGAAACACACAUGUUGGUCUAGGCAGAUGCCUUCAGAAACAUUUGACAGCAAUUUGGCAAGGCUGCAACUUUUGACUAAACCUGGACUUGGUAGAGGGAAAGGAGAGGUUGCUGACAAAUUGCCAGUUUGGUUCUGUAAAAGAACCUCAUUGCUAGGCUGAUCUCCCCUGGUCCUGCCAUUGCUACUCCUAAAUGUUUACGUGCACAUUUCAGGCGGUCCCAUGUACACAAGGACCGGGAGACUGCAAGGGCCUGUGGAAGGUUGUGACACAUGCAUAGAUAAUGCCCUUUGAUUCAAGAUUAUUUGCUCCUUGAGUCUAAACAGCUUGGGUUCUGAAAUAAGAUCACUUAAGAAAGCUCACAAAAGGAAAAAAUAGCCUGCCCUCUUCUCCCUCCUUUGCUCCAAACAGCCCCUCCUGAAUAAUGUGAGCUGAUGGAGAAGGAUAGAGUUGCCCAGAAUUGGGCAAAUUUGGGGUGAUUCUCCUCUUCUUUGCCAAGAGCACUCCAAAUUGUUGUAUGGAGUCUUGUGACUCCAGGGAGACGCUUUUCCAGGGGCACAGGUGGUUGUGGCAGGAGGAGAAGGGAUGGAAAACUUUCCUUCUGUAAACUUUGCUAACUUGGUACCUGACCCUACGUAGUUGGUUGGUUUUUUAAAAAAACUUUGAAUAACUGUGGGACUGACUUCCAAGUAAGUAUUAAUAGGAUUGAACUAUGCAUGUUGCUCCAGAGAUUAAAUUAAAACCAGGGAAACCUGGGGAGAGUUCUUCUCUGUCCUCUGCAAUGUGGCCAAAAAAAGGAGAUAAAAUUGAGUUUCUUCCCCUCUUCCCCUCUCUUUCUCACUCACACUGCAACAAGCUAGGGAGCAAAUGAACUAUGCAGAUGCUGAAAGAGCAACAUCCAUAGGAAGAAUGCAUGGUUUUGAUUGGCUUAGACUGGGCUGUCAUAGGCCUGAAAAUGUAUAAAUAUGGUUGUGAGUGACAGGAGAAAGACUGAACUGUGGCUCUGGAUGGUUUGUGGGGGACAAAAUCAUGGCAGGACUACGUUCCACUUUGCCCAUAAGUGGAGACUCCCCUGAAGCGAGCUUUACACCCAAAUAAAUCUGUACAGUAUAGGAUUUCAAUGUUAAUUUCCAGUUAUUACCAUCCCAUGAUUUCAUACUUGUAACCUUUAACUCAACAUCUCUGUUUAAAAGAGGUGGGGGGUGGGGGGAGGAGAAAUCUGCCCUUUUACUCUUCAUCUUGCUAAAAUUAGGACAGAAAAAGCUAAUCAGUUAAAAAUAUCUUGGGUAUGCACCUUUUAUGGUUGCAAGGAACCGUUACACACCACCUAAAAUUAAUUGCAACUUUUGUUAAUAUUAAGACUGUCUAGUUUCUUUUUAAAUAUAUGUUUUGUUGCAAAUAUAACAGAAAGAAAAAAGAAAGAAACGACGUCAGCUCACACUAACAGUAAGAAUAAUCCAUCAAUCCUAAUUCAAACAUGCAGAGUCCAUAUGUCCAAAUAGAUAUCCAGAAGAAAUUGAUUGAUGAUUACAAGAUAUAUGUUCAAAUGUAGCAAGGGCAGUAAGAUGUGCAGCCUCUUGAGAAAUGAAUGGUGGGUAUUUUUUAUCCUUCCAAGUUUGAACUAUAUGUCUCUCUCAUUGUGUAACUGAUAGUCAUCAUCCCCAAUCAGAGGAGCAUAAUUUAAAACUUUCUUUAUUUUUUAUUCCUGUUUUCUGUUACCAAGGAAAUGCUUUUUCUCCCUGUCCAAUAACACUCAAACUUGUGGAGUGAAGGUGAUAUUGAAAGAUUUGAGACAGAUAAAAGAAAGUACUUCUUCAUGUAGCGCAUAGCCCUAUUCUGCCUCCCCCCACCCCACCGUACCCCAAAUUGGGCUCAUAUGCACACAUGAGAGACACACCUAAUCAAAGGUGAAAUUGUUAUCAUUGUGGGUAGUACUUCCUCUGGUCAAAGUGACAUUCGUGUACUCAGAACUAAUGGCAAAAGCAGAUGUCUUUCUCAGGAGAACAAAAAUAGGUUCCUGGAUUCAGGGACACGGCAAAAACAAAUGUCAAAUACAAAAGGGCAGAGAAUUUCUCAAGGGCGUGUGCACAGUAAUUCAGUUCUUGCCUGAAGAGGAAGAGGUGAACACUCUUCAGUGUUCCUCUCCCCCCCUCUUAUUGUAUUAAUAGGACGGUGUCCUUUUCUUUUUGAAGCAAGCUGUUCGUUCUCUCUCUCUCUCUCUCUCUCUCUCUCUCUCACCUCUGUAAAUUCACACAGGAACAGGAAGUUGAAUGAGUGUGUAUGUAUAUAACGAAUUUGUGAACGACUGGCCGUCUGUAUAUAGCUUCAAAGGUGGGGCACACAACAGAUGAUUGGUCAAUACUUGGAUUAUUUAACUGCUUAUUGUAACAUAGACUUAGUUUCCUGCCUCAGCUUGUUCUUCACCAGUGUUUCCCCUUUCACAUUUAAACCACUGUCUCUAGGUCAGAUAUUACUGGGAUUACAGUUUGCGUGAACUAUACUUGUUUUUCACCCUUUCUAGAGCAAGUCAUGGCGGAAGAUCAAGAACAUGGUGCACUGGUCUCCUUUCGUCAUGUCCUUCAAGAAGAAAUAUCCCUGGAUCCAGCUAGCAGGGCAUGCAGGUACAGAAGAUUUAGGUUGUGCUGUGUAAUCUCAAAGGGAAACUCCCGCCUAAUAAAGAGAAAGUGUUUCGGAAGUCUCUUGGUGGAUUUAAGAUAAUUAGCUACCUUAACGCAAAUUGUUUCUGGAAAUUGAAACAUAAGUGCUUGCACUAGGUCGUCUCUACGGGGGUGGCUUGAGCCAAAUGCUAGGGUGCGUACAAACCUCGGGAAAUCUAUGGCACCUGUAAUAGAUGGCCCAAGGAUGAAUGUUAAUGUCUGAGCCACAGAAAAAGGACACAUAACUUCUGCCAUCAAAAUGCUCUGAUGUCCUCGCCAGAACAAGUCUUUGCUCCGAAACGAACAGUGUUUGAAAUCUGUUGGGAUCCAGUCCAGGCCAACACUCUUCUCUUAUUUAGAACAGCCUGACAAUAUAUCCCUGGCAGAUGGUUGUCAACCUUGCCUUGAAAACCCUCAAGGAGGCUUAUUCCACUGAUGAGUUGGCCUUAGAAUGGAGAAAUUCACCUAGAGUUUUAACCUAGGAACCAGACUUCCUUGCUGUUUCCCAGGCUUUCCAGUUGCCUAGCCUUUCAGCCUGAUGUUUAAGGGUACACUAAAGAUAACCUGAAAGUUUUCCAUUAUGUAUUAGCACUCCCUUGCAUAUCUGAGCAUCUUCUAGCACCACACCCUUUUGAACAUGUGCACAUGCAUGUGCCCCUGAAUGAUCUGGAGUUGCUAACUAGGAUCUUUUUUGAAGUAAACAUGACUGCGUUGUGCCUGGAAAUACUAUUUGACGCCACUGCACUUAACCAUUUUGUUAGAGGCAGGGAACAAGUGAAACCUUUUCUGUGUGAAACCUUUUCUGUACCCAGUGGAAAACUCAAUGUUAUCCUUUGCUUUUUGUUCUGUCUCUCAGGUAGCUUCAAAGCUGCAGCUAAUGGGAGGAUACUGAAGAAGCACUGCGAGUCUGAACAGCGCUGCUUGGACCGCUUGAUGAAUGAUGUCCUUAAGCCGUAUGUUCCUGCCUACCAUGGGGACAUAGUGAAGGAUGGGGAGCGUUACAAUCAGAUGGAAGAUCUCCUGGCUGACUUUGACUCUCCCUGUGUCAUGGAUUGCAAGAUGGGAGUCAGGUCAGUUUUCCUUGGUAGCUAAAGGCACAACCUGCCUCUUCCCCAGCUUCAUCCAGUAACAACAGAAGCAUGAUUUCAUCUUACAGUGCCUAAUGCCUUUCUGCUCCCCAACGGGAGGCAGGAAAAUGCUGAGCAUGAGGUCAUCAUGCCACACAUUUCUGUUACUGCAUUUACUUGGAAGAUGGCAGCAGCCACACAUCUCCAUAAUACGUAGCUAGGUUCUAAGGGUGAAGCCUUUUUCCAGCCAUUUGGAUGGAUGGAUUUAAGGUAGCAAGAAAGGCUGGUUUUAAAUUGCUGUAUCACUUUGAAACCAACCCCACGUACUUCAUAUGUUUCCUAAAAAAUGGUACAGAUCUGACCACUAAGCCAAGCUUAGCACCGAUAUAGGCAGGACUGUUCCAAUGCAUUUUGCCACCUGAGGCAGACCAGCUUAGAGCACCCUGUCUCCACGCCAAGUCAAAAUGCAUGAUAUCGCAAUAUUGUUUUGGCAUUUGAGGCAGAAAAUCCCACAAGUACCUCUCCCGCUAGUUGUCAGUAAAAAUACAAAGGUAAUAAAUGAAAUAACUUUUCCUAAUGGCAGAGCUUGCUCUGUCUUAUAGGCCUUUUGGCUCAGAAGUGAGUAUAAGUAAUAAAGAUGUCCUUAGAAGACCGUACUUUUCAGUUGAAUAGUGUUAUGUGGGUAAGCUGUAAAUUGGGAGCAGAGGGUGAAUGCUGUGUAGUCCUCACCCAAGGUUAUUUAAACCAGGUUGGCUGUGGGAAUUCCUGAUAAGCUGGGCUAUAUCGUGUCUGUCAGGUUAUUUUCAUAAGCUAAAAUGUAUAAUUCUGCCAUUCAGUCUCAAAUUCCUCCUGAACAUGACCUUGACAAAAUGCAAAAGGGGUCUCCUGAUUAUUAUUAUUAUUAUUAAAAUUAAUUUAAGUGUGGGAGAUUAAAAUGAAAGUCUUGAUGUUUACCUGUGAAGAAAACGUCUUCAGUGAGCCGCAUAUCUGGAGAAACUUUAGCUGAAGUGGCAGUUUAGAUACUGAGCCACCCUCUUCCCAGCCCCCUUUCCAGGAUAAAGAAAUUCACUGUCCAGUGUCAUCGUGAGUUUACUCGUUGUGAGGAAAAAUGCUGUUUGCUCUGUUUGGCUUGGAAUCUGUUUGCGCUGAGGGAAAGCAAAGUUCAAAUUAACUGCAUGAACAAAUGGAAAAACAUUCUAAGCUGGGUUAACGAGUCCUUUCCCCCUCCCAAAAGUACAUCCUUGUUCAAGGAGAUAGCGGAAGAUUUUUGCCUUGCAGUUCGUUUGACCUAGAAGCAACUUGUAGGUCUGCUAUACAAGAAUACUUCAAAACUGGUGGCAACUGUACAGAAACUUGAAUUCUUUCUGAGAACCCUUGGCCAACUAAUUCAAACUGGAGCCAGAAUGCUUCAUUUAAUGGUACAAAGGAUACCUUUUCAAUAUACAAACAGCAGCAAAGAGCUGGACAAGAUUACUAUGGCAGGAAAUGGGUGAUGCCAGAGGCAAUAAUAAUAAUAAUAUUAAUAAUAAUACACCACCCAUCUGUCUGGGUGGUCCCAGCCACUUUGGACGGCUUCUAACAAAUAUAAAAACAUAAUAAAACAUCAAACAUUAAAAACUUCCCUAUACAGAGCUGCUUUCACAUGCACACAAUUCUCCAUUCAGACAGAUAUGAGGCAGUAUUACUGGUCAAGGACAGAGUCUAGCAGUUGAGAGCAUCGAGUCAAUGAGGGGUGUGACCUGGAGACGGGGAGGCCCUAGGAGAAUCCCCAGGAUUAGAUUGAGAGGCUCCCUAUCCAGUCCAUGACAUAAGAUUUCACAGACUAAGGUCUACUUCAGUUUAUGCGAAAUUUCAGUGACUUGGUAUAUUGUGGAGGGAAGAGGGGGUGAUCUGGAACUGGAGAUUACACCUGUUGGUGAUAACUCUGGCUAGUAUUCAGAGGAAUAUAGGCUCUCGUUAUAUAUUGUACUGGAUCUCUGUUGUGUGGCAUAUGGAAUGCUGAGAAGAACUGAGCCAGCUUUCAAAUUUUAUUUCAAAUAUCGGUUGCUGGGUUUUUAACAUUAAUGGUCACAAAUUGCUCGGCAGAGUGUUCAUUUUCUCAGUUUUCUCAGAUAUUAAAAAACCCAACAGAACAACUAUGCAACAAGACAGGUUUGGAUGCCUUAUCUCUACUAAGUAUAGAAGCAGAUGCGUUAUGUAAGAUUAGUUUUGAGGAACUGAUCAAAGACUUUGCAGUUAGAAAAAGGAGGAGUGUUUUUUUUCAAAUAUAAGGUGGAAGUAUACAAAAAAACCCCACCACAUUAUUUUCUAUCUUAUUGCAGGUUUUGUUUCAUUUCAAAAAAUGCAAUUUUAUUUUAUGGUUUAUUGUUGUUUAUAUUUUAAAUUAGAUAUAUACAUGGAGGCACCAAAAAACUUGUGUGCUUAGGGUCUUAAUCCAGCCCUGCCCACCACACUGGCCUCUCUGGCUUGUAUGAAACAUUUGGAAUAUGGUUUUAUAUCUGACACUCCUCUUGUUUGGAAGGCCUACAGGCAACCGAUCGGCAAAACCUGCUGCAAAGUGCUUAGUAACUUUUAUGGCUGGGAGCAGAUUUGCAUUAAAGUCUGGAUAUGUGUUUGGCUCCCAAAUUUACUGACUACAAAUCUGUAGUCAGCCUUAUCUCUACUAAGUCAGCAGACGUUAUUGGAGCCAGGAACUUAACAUUUAGGCUUGUUUGGGGCAGCAAAAAAGUAACUUGAGGAAGCGCUGCAGGGUGACUGGCAUAUAUUUUGCUGACCCAGGAGUGCCCCGGCCAGUGCCAUUUCAAGCAGCUGUUACUAAUAGAAAGCAGAGACCUCUAGUGGGCAGAUGGGGAAGACAUGCUUAGGAAAAGUGUCUUUUCUGAAUCCUUGUCCCCCAUCACAAAUGGGAUUAACAAAGGCAAUGGAUGCACAGAGUGGCUCACUCAUUAAUUUCAUCAUCAUCCUAAUGGGUGAUGGUGAUUAAUAAUAAUACUGCCAAAUUAAUGCCCUCUGAGUGGUUCACAAUUCCAGGUGUCCCUUAUAUCUGGAAAGGAUGCUGAAUUUCAAACUGCUCAAACUACCCACCUGUAUAAUUUAUGGCCUUCUCGUGCAAUUAUUUUAUCCUUUCAUGGUUGCCUUACCACAUGUUGUUUGAAAGACAGGGCUUUGAUCUUUAUUCAUGGGCACCUUCCAUAAAUGUUGUUAAAUACAAGUGUUUGGUUUCCAGAAUAUAAAGUGUUUGAGCAGUGCACUAGGUCAGCCUUUGGCCUGAUCCAGGGCAGAGACUGCUCUUAAAUUCUUAGCUCAAAUCGACACAUGUACCAGUAUUUCCAUUCCAGAUAUUGCUCUUUUUAGGGUGUUUUGCCCUGGUUAGUUGCAAGUUUCUACCACUGUGUCUUGGUGGGAGAUUAACUCCCACCAGUACAUGGAAGGUUUCUGACCACACUUUCUGGUUUCUGGAAAUCCUAGAGGAUCAAAAUAUGAGGGAGGCAAAAAACUUGCCCCCCAUAGUUGGCUGUGAUAGAUAAGUUUCCGAAGAUGGUGAGCGUCACACUUAGUGUCCUCUCUGCAGAACCUACUUGGAGGAAGAACUAACAAAGGCCCGGAAGAAGCCAAGCCUACGGAAGGACAUGUAUCAAAAGAUGAUUGAAGUCGAUCCGGAGGCUCCGACUGAGGAGGAGAACGCCCAGCGUGCCGUAACCAAGCCCCGAUACAUGCAGUGGAGGGAAACAAUAAGUUCUACAGCGACUCUCGGAUUCAGGAUUGAAGGAAUCAAGGUGAGGGUUUUGAAUCUAUUUGGUGCAUAACAGAGAUAAUAGGUGGAAUAUUUCCUGAGAAAGGUGCUUGCCGGGAGUUCUGCCUUUAUCAAUAGAAUUCUCGAUAUACUGCAACUGAACCAGCAGCUAAACUAGAUGUUUAAGCAGUUUUGCAGAGUGCAUUGUAAUGAAGUUCUAGUUCCACCAAGGUCAAACGGGAUAUUUCACUGUCAAGCUGAAAUGGCAGUCUUUGAAUGUGUGUUGUAGAGAGUGCAUGGGAGCUCUCUUGUAGAAGAAAGAGCUGUGAGUCAGGUUUUUGUACACAGAAUAGAGAUAUACUUUAAAUAUAUAAAGUGGUGUAUAAAUUAAAAUUUUUUAAAAAUGAAAAUCCUGUAAUCCCUUUAUUGAGGCAUAACCCUUUGUCCUCCCUCUGUAUAAACAACAUAAGUAGAUACAGAUAGGUGAACAAAGAUAGAAGGCACCUGCUGUAGUUCUUGCUGCCUGCCAUCCCUGGGAUUUUAAUUGCUAUCAGCCAAUAUAUAAACAUUAUGCAUGCAUGGAGCUUUGCCACGUUGGUUUAUGUAAGGUUGCAAAGUUAUUCUUUAGGCAGGUUGCUUUGCCGAUGGAAGUGAGCAAACUUGUGAACAGAAGAAGCAGAAGAUUGUGUGCCAGCCUUAAAAAAACAAACAAAAACAAAACCUUUAAAAGUUCUGUUUGGAUGCAAGCGGCCAGUUCUGUUUUGAGGCUCGGUUUUCCUGUAGCCUCUAGCCCUACAGCAUUCCCCGGAUAUCCGAGCAGUUAUGGGAGCUUGGUGAUGCAUGGCUCACCACAUGGCUGGAGGCUGCAGACAUUACCACACUCUCACAGCUGCUUGGAUAUCUGGGGAAGCAGGAGAAAUGAAUUGGAAUGAAAACAUAGCACCCUUUUGCGACUUUCAGCUGAGUCCGUGGCUGGAGGCUUCAGAUACCAGCUCUCAACACAGCUAGGCUGCCAGACAGGAAGUCUUAAAGCAGCCACAAAGCAGUAAAUAGCUGUUUGAUUCCACACUGCACAAGUUGGUUUUUUUUUUAAAAAAAGAUAUUGCUAAAUUGUCCCCUGGCACUACAGUGUGCAUUCAUGGAAGUCAGGUUCUGAACAGGUGCUGAAAUGAGAACCAUGGGUGCAAAAGGGUGCUGUGUCUUCAUUCCAUCUGAAUCUAAACAAACCACACGGACUUGCUCAAAUUAGUACUUGAAUUGUGCUGGCUUAUAGAAUUGUAGGGUUGGGAAAGGUCCCCAAAGGAUACUAGUCCAAACCUCUGCAAUGCAGGAAUUACAGCUAAAGAUUCCAACCUCUGUUUAGAAACCUUCCAAGGUAGUCCAUUCUGCUUUGAAUUACCGUAGUCUCCUCAUUGCAGAAUACUAAAAGAUGUGGGCUAAUUUAUAUGAUUAGAGGUGUUUGCAAACCCUGUGGAUUUCAAGGAGUUUGGUUAGUAGUGCUGGGAAAGGUUCAUGCCUGAGAUGAAUUGAUCAUCUGCCUCUGUGUAACACAGAGCUUUAUACUUGCAAACCAUUUCACAUGUUGGCAUGUGGGACAAAGGGCUGGACUUGGCAAUGCAGAUCCCUUCCUGUAAUUUCCACGGCUGAAGAAAGAACAUUGUAUUGUGUUCAAAAGCUGCAAAUACCCCCAACCCCCCCAAAUAAAACCAUUCUCAAGUCUUCUCUGGACAGUCUGCAAGUCAUUCAGCCCCCACCCCAUGGCUGUUAUUUAAACGAUGGCCAACUUGUACCUUUGCCCUGUUGUAGGUUAUUCCGCAUCCUGUUUAAUGAACGGCAAAGCUGUCUGUUGACACAAAUGCAUUCUUCUGAGUAAUAGCCUUGGAUUUCAUCAUUGCUUUUUGCAGAAGGAAGAUGGCACCGUGAACAGGGAUUUCAAGAAGACCAGGACAAAGGAACAAGUCAUGGAGGCCUUCAGAGAAUUUACGAAAGGAAAUCGUAACGUUUUGGUGAGUCGCUGCAGCUGGUUUCCUUAUUAGUUUAGUACCCUAGGUUUCUUUAAUAUCCACAGUUACAUGCUAAUGUGAAACCUGCUCUCUUUCCUCGGCAGUUUAUGUUAUGCAUCCAGAAGAUGUGCAAUAUCUUAACUAGUUCAGAUUCCUGGUUAAGCUGGUCCAAAUCCUGUCUGUAAUGGAACACUGAAAAUGGGAUUCCUUGAAUUCUAGGAAAGUAGAAAGGUUUUUUUUUAGGAGGCCCACCUAUCAGGCCUACACCCUUGACAGUGUCAUCUUCUUUGCUAAGCACUUUGAUGAAGGAAAGAGUCCUGAACUGGCUCUGGGUCAUGUCAGGGGAAACAAGCAAGAACUGUUGUCCUUCUCUCUGUCUGUCUGUCUGUCUGUCUGUCUGUCUGUCUUUCUCGCACUCUCACAUACACACAAAGUUUAAACAGAAAGUUGGAAGUUUAUGGUGCCUGGUUGGCAGCACAAGUGGGUCUGUGAGUGUGGUAGUGACUUGCCAGAUUUAUGUAUCAGCUAAACAAACUAUAGCUUAGGGCCCCACUCUCUUGGGGCCCCCCAAAAAAAAUUAAAGGAAAAAAACCCUGGAUGCACAUUUCCAAAAUAUAAGAUAAAAAACAAAUCAAAUACAAUCUACAUACAGCAACAGUGUUUUGUGUUGUGCAAUUAUUUCACUAUUAGUAUGCUGCUUCUUAAUUGUAUUUCGCUAUUAAUACACUUCUUCUUAAUUGUGUUUGAGUUAACAAAUAUUUUGAUAAAAUACAUAUUUUGUUAUGUGCAAAUGGCUUUAGAUACCUAUUUAGAUCCAUAAAUUACCAUAUAGCAUAUAUUCAACACAAAAAACAGCAAGAAUUUGUUGUUGACAAAGGACAGUUGGACAUAUAAAGGGCCCGGUUACCUUCAGUAGCUUAGGGCCUCAUCAAAUCUAAAUCCGGCCCUGGUAGUGACCCAUUCUUAGUGGCCUUCCUGACAGCUGAAGGCAUCUUUCCUUCAAGGCAUAAUGGAGAGAGCUCCAAUGUUCAAACAUGGUUACAAAACCUCUUCUAUUUCACUAUGGGGGACAAGGAAACUACAAUUUUGCUGCUCUCCCUUGAUCUGCCUACUGCUUUUUGGUCCAGAGGCAUAGCUGUCAACUUUUCCCUUUUCUUGCGAGGAAUCCUAUUCGGAAUAAGGGGGGGGGAGGGAAAUGUUGACAGCUGAGGUGUGCACCUGCUGUAACAUUUGACAAAUCUUCCUCCAUGGUGGUGGGUGGAGCUUGAAGGGGCAAGCGAACUGUUUAGAGAAGCCUGUCAGGGGACGAGGAAAGAUUGAUAGGUGUAUCCAUCUCACAUAAUUUUAGGCCACAUGGCAUUGCUCAUAAAUUUCUAGUUACAAAUGAAAUGCAAGUACCCUCUGCAAACUGAAAAGAUCACAAAUACAUGCAGGAGAAGGUCUUUUAGCUUGCAGUGAGCAACCCUGCCCCAUUACUGAAUCCUGGAACAAUGCUGUUGCUGAGGGAGGAGGAAAGGUGGGUGCAUCUUGUGAUUUGAGGAAAAUGGCAACCCUUCCAAGUAAACUGUAGGGUUUUGUUUACCUGGAAACUGCGCUGAAGCUCCCCACCUUUUUAUUUCCUGGAAGCCAAGGGCUGGGAAUCCCAUCAACUCUCCUAAAGAGUUGAUCCUACACACACAUCCAACCCUGUUGCUUGGUGAAAUAGCUCUAAAUAUUUUGCACCAUGUCGCCCUGGUGGGUGACCUGACGCCAGGAAGUAGCGGGAGGUACUGCAACCCUGUUGGCUUCCCUUGACCUCGUCAGUAGAUUUCAGUAUUGUUGAGUAUCAUGUCCAUCUGGGUUGUCGUGCCAGGAACGGACCUGGAAAGUCCAGGAUAAUGGUGGUGCCAGUCCUUUCUGAAGUGCAAGACUGAGAAAGUGGAGCUAGAGGAAUUUUGAUUAGCCUUUGGAGUGUCUCAUCUUGUCCUGAUUUUAACAGCUACAUGAAACCAGUGGGAAAAGUUGUAUGAAAACUAAGUGCCUUCAAUAUGCAGGUGACUAACAGCUCCACCUCUCUCUCCCAACCUCCUGUUAGAUGGGAAUGAAUGCAUUUUUGCAUUUCCUCUGCAAACCACCCAAUUGGGCAAGUGAGCUCAAUUUUAGAUCCCACCACGUAUAGUCUCAGACGAGCAUCUCUGAACCUGGCUCUUUACCCAUUGCAGGUUUGCAGAGAUAGCUUACAAUGGAUGGUAGUUAAUGGGGGCUUCUUCUGGAGCCAGUGAACAAAGCUGGUACGUUUCUCACUGCCCAGCCGUUCUGCUAUGUGAAUCAUUUUGCUUUCAGUCCGGAGAGGUCUGAAAAAAAAUUAAAAGUGAAAUGGUUCUCGUGACCGUGACUCCGUAUGUCGUGGUUGGGGGAGCCUGUGACACACCAGCUAGUUACUCCCAUUGGCCCAAGCCAGCGUGGCCAGUGGUCAGAGAAAAUUAACAUCUGGAGAGCCCCCUGGUCUUCAGUCGUGGGUGACUAACUUGUAACGCAGGUAGGAGAGAUUGCCACAUUUGUGGGAAGGUGCAGGGUAAUGUAUGGGUCUGCCUGCCCUCCUGCUUGCCUCUUUAAUCCUGCCUUGUAGCCUCAGCCACUUCCAAAAGAGGGUGCACUUGUAUAUGCUGAAGCACAGUAGAAUUCCACUGUCUGCAGACCCAGGACCCACCUUCAACGCAAAACAAGUGUUUGGAGACUCUCUUAAUAUUUAAGCAUAUGUUGGUAAGGUGGCAGUGUUGCUGUUGUGGCCCAUCUCAGAUCAGGCCGGGACCCAGUAGCUGAACACCAGUGCUGUAGUGCAUGAUAGUGUGGCAUUUUGCUGGCUCUGGACCCUGCUUGUGUUUUACUUUACUUUUUUCUUUUUUUACUGCUACUGCCUUGAAAACUUUUCACCUCCCCACCCAGUUGCUCAUAUAAAAUUUUAACAUAAUUGUAAUGGGUUUAGGGGUUGCUCGUGCGUAAGUUGCCGCCACUCCUGGCUAGGUUACCUGGUUGAACCCUUUCUGACCGGACAGUCUCUAGCUUCGUGGCUGUCUCAGUCGCUGGCAGAAUCCGUCAGUGGGCGUUUCUUGAACUUCUUCCAGCACAAAAGUUCUUUGACGCCUAGUCUCCGCCUAGUCUCCCUGCGCGGAAGCCUUCUGCGCAGGGAGGGUGUGGGCAGCGGAGGACCCGUACUCUCUCCGCUGGUCUCCGGCGAGGAGUCUUGGAGCCUCCUCUCCGAUUCCCCCAUCUGCCCCCCUUCUCCACUGGUGUUAUGCUGAUUUCCUUCCCCAGCGGACGGGCUGCCUCUCUCCCUACUGGGACCCUCUCCGCCAUCCCUCUGGAGCCUUCCCUCCGCCUCUAGCUCCGAUGGCAGUUACCUGACAAUAAUUUUCAACAUUCAUUUAGAUGGAGGAAGACUGGAAGAAAUUCAAAGACUAUCUUCAGAAACACUGCAAAGUUAAGGAAUGUUAGAGUGAUGUUGGACUGAAAAUAAGUGGCUUCCAGCUACAUAGGUUAAAGUUAAUGAUAGACUAAGAUUAAAGAUCAAGAUUAAAGAUGUUUAAAGAAAUGGAAAUUUGAUAUGAAAAGGGAAAAUUUUAACGUUAUAUGAUACUAAGAUCAAGGAUUAGGUUUAAAGAAGUUGAAGUUAUAUAUUUUAAUAUUUUAUUAAACUAAAGAUUGGGAUUAAAAAAGUGGAAAAGAAACUGCUGGACAAAUAAUUUAGAUGGGAAUACAAAAGAGGGAGGUAUGAGGAAGUCCAGAAAAUAAGUAAUCUAAAAAUGGAAUGGAAAAGAGAGUUUGUUUUUAAUUGUUACGUUUUCUUUUGUUUUUUAUUGUUGAGUUUUGUAUUGCUUUUUGUGUGUGUUGUUUCUUUGUUGUUUAAAACUUUAAUAAAAAUUAUUUUUUAAAAAAAAUAAUUUUCAACAUUCAUUUAACACAAUUUCAUAUCUUAUACAUUUUGACAUCAAUCACAUCUGAAAAUUUUCCAAUCUUUUUCACUUAAUUUACAUUUCUUAAUCUCACUAUUACUUUUAAUUAUCUUAACUAAUAACGCUCUUCAUAACCUGCCUCGCAAUAUUUCACAUAUUCCUCCUUACAAAACUUCUUGUAAUCCUACUAGCGUAAUCUGUUGCUUACAAUUGCUUUUCAAAUAAUUCACAUAUUUAUUACAGUCCUCUGAGAAUCUCUGGUCCCGCAGGUUUCGAAUCCUUCCUGUCAUCUUAUCUAAUUCUGCAUUGUCCAUUAAUUUCAUCUGCCAUUCUUCUUUUGUCGGUAAUUCUUCUUGUUUCCAUUUCUGGGCCCCAGCUGCUCUUAUUCAGCCAGUUACUGAGAGGGGCAAAGGAACAGGGUUCUCUCAAUAGCUGGCAGCGGUGCAAAGCGCUGGGAAGUCUGUGCUGGCUGCUUGGAAGUGCAGCUCACCCAGCUUGCAGUCCUGAUACAGGAGCGGUUAUUUGGCUUACAGGCAGAGGGGGUGUGUGUGUGUGUGUGUGUGUGUGUGUGUGUGCGCAAAACAAAUUGCAACUCCUUCCGUUCAAACUAUGUGAGGAAUGUGCAGCCUCUUGCUAAGCAAGGUCAAUGCUCAGAGACUGGGUGCUUAAGAAGUAUUUUCAAAGCUCUUAAAAAUGUUCUGUUCUUGCCACUACAGAACGGCUACCUUAACCGGUUGAAGGGAAUCCGCGAUACCUUGGAAUUGUCACCAUUCUUCAGGGGCCACGAGGUAAAAACUAAACCGCCUUUCUAUGAUCUCUUUUUUAGAAAGGUUAGAAUUCUUGUCAAAGCAAAGUUCAGUUUACCUAAACAAGUUAGCAGACUAGAAUCCUUCCACAAGCUUUGGAAUUGCAUCACUAUUUGAUGUUCAAUAAAUAGCUGGCGUGGGGUGGGGACAAAUUACAUGGGGACCAUAAUGCAGGGGGACCAUACUGCAGCCCUGAUCAGAACCACUCCUACCCAACCCCCUGGUAUUCACAUUAUGUAGAAUGCUCCCAAGUGCAGGGCCCCCGAUUUUGGUCAGGGCUGGGGUUGAAGGGAGGAAAUCCCCUCUCUCACACACACCCACAUUAUAUUCCCAAUCUGGCUUGCCCCCCCCCCCCGCCAUUUAUGUGAUGAAAAGUCCCGUUCUCAUUUGGCCCUGAAAGUCUGAAUAAAUGUGAGUGACCAGGUUGCCUCCUUGACUAAGGACAGAAAGAGAGGGGAUUUCGCCCCCAGUGCAUUUGGGGAGCUUCCUAUCCCUGGAGAUUCAGGCCUUUCAGUUUUAGGCUGGCAGCGGGUGGCAGAACUUAUCUUAACUCUCCUAAAACUGCUGCUUGGAAUUGAAUUUUUAACUGGGUUUGCGACUUGGGAAAGUGGAUAUUCAACAACUGCUUUUUUUUUAAUUGGCAAAGAGAGUUUCUACUCCUCUCAUGUUGCAUGUUUUAACUUCCCCAUGACCUUGAGAGCUAGCAGCCUUGUUUUCAUAUAACCCAAGAGUGCUAUGAACACAGCAGGCCCAACCCCAUAGAAUGCCAAGUUCUGCCUUUAGACCAAAGCCGGCCCAGCCAUGAAGCAAGGGGAGGCAGCUGCCUCAGGUGGCAGAAACAGAAGAGGUGGCGCUGCCUCAAGCACCCAACUGCUGCCUUGGAAGCAAACCACAUAAGGACUGGAGAGGGACCAGCGCCAAAGCUCUGUGUAACACCUCCCCUCUCAGCAAGUUGACAAAGAAGGGAGGUCUUUCACCGGCCAGUUUUGCUGUCAGACAGGCAGGGAGUUCAGAAAGUGGUUAAGGAAGGGAGCAAUUAGUAUUGGGCGAAUGCUGACCGCAUGCCUUCGAAUCCUGUGUGAUAAUCCCCUUUUUAUUUUUUCCUGUCGCAGGUAAUCGGGAGUUCCCUCCUCUUCAUCCACGACAAGAAAGAACAGGCCAAAGUCUGGAUGAUUGACUUUGGGAAAACCACCCCACUGCCAGAGGGAGAGGUCCUCCAGCACAACGUGCCCUGGAUAGAAGGGAAUCGGGAGGACGGCUACCUUUGGGGGCUGGAGAACCUCAUUGAGAUCCUAACGGAGUUGUCUCAGAGUGAAGACCUGCAUUAAAGUCCAACUCUGCCACUACUCAGAAGCCAGCCCCUCAAACUGACUUUCUGAACUGCACUACAAGACACUUUCUGCCCACCCUCUCCUUCCCAGUUCUAAAAAUUAGAAGCUCUUUUUAUUUAAGGUGUAAAUAUGCAGUUAUAUAUAUGCCAGAACAAAUGCUGGACCUGAAGCCAAGCUUGGGACGAUGGAAGUGCAUACCAAUAUUGACUUUUUAGUCUUUAGCAGUUAAGGAUAGCAUAAAUUCCCCCUUCAGUAGUUCUUAUGCAAUCUGUGUUUAACCAGUAAGGGUUUGUACAGUUCUCAUACACCUCCGUUGAAUUAAGACAGUGCCCUAGUCUUGCUUAAAUUCCAUCUACCGGUAGCUAAAAGCUGUAGAGCGAAGGAGAGACUGAGUUGCAAUUAUCUGCUGCCCUCUUGUGCCCAAAGUUAGUACAUUACUUGGGCCGCUGAUUUUAAAGGCAGUUUGCUGGGAUUAUAGGUGCUCUUUCCUCCUGAGAAGCUUCGGAGUCUUUGGAAUCAAAAACUUAAUGAGAACGUCCUUGGAGAAAUAUAACUGGUAUUCUUGAACAGCGGCCUUUUAACAUGUACUAACCUUGGUGUAGUUAAUCUGCAUACAAGAGCUUGUUGGAAUAACUUAAUAUCAAGUCUUACUUUUCAAUAUAUUUGAGCAAUUUCUUGCCAGCAUACGGCAGCUGCGCAAUCGCUGAGUAGUUAGUUGAAUGACUAGCAAAGCUCUGUCUGCUCCUGAGGGUUACAUUUGAUAGUGCAUCCACUUGUCUGCUGGGGUUGGGUUUGGACUGCUGGCGAGAAAAGUUCCGAUCCCUUGCUCUAAGCCAGGGGCUCUAACCCCCGCCAGGGGUUCCUGAACUGCGACCCCCAUCAUCCCCAAGCAUUGGCUGUGCUGGCUGGGGGCUGAUGGGAGUCCACAGUUUUCCUGCUUUUGCCAAGACUUUAGUUGUCUUGGAGCGACCUAGUAGCCCGUCAGAUGAAGGGCUGGCUUGCAAUGGGAAGGGCUAUACCUGCCAUUCAGGUUUCUCUUUGUUAACACUGCAGACCCUUUUAAAGUGGCAAGCAACUUCUCAGGUGUGCUCUUGCAAAACAUUCCAGUACUCACAUCUCAAAGGGCAGCAUUUACUGAUGUCAGGAGGGGAGAACAGUAUGUUUGCUUUCCCCCCCUCUAGGAAUUCACGAGUGCUGCAGAAACCUUGAGAAGGGGGACUGUUCAGUUGAGGUCACAGACUUUCCAGAUUUGUUUUUUUUCCCUGGAUGGUGUCAGUACCAACAAAUCCUUAAACCUUUCCAUGUUCACGAUGCAUCCCAGAUGCUUCCAGAACCCAUUGCUUCCACUCUUCCCAGUAGUCAUGUGGCAACCCUGUUUGCCCUUGCAAUGCUCUGGCUGCAGUUUCUUAUCUCGAGUUGGUUCUAAUGCUGCAACAAGUGUGUGUGUUUUGCAGGAUGGGAUGAUGCCCCUUGGCUCCUUUUUCAAGGAUGCAAACUCCUCGGGGGAUUCCUUCAUUUGUAUCUCACUAGGCCCCUAUCUGUCAACCUUCAGUGCUGUUGUAAAUAGUUGCUUUGUUUGGCUGCUUUUCCCCUUCAGGUUUCCUUUGCUGUUUAAUAAUAGCCUGUGUGGAAGUGCCUUAUGGACUACUUUCUGUUCCAUUAAUGUCAUGGAAAAGUGGUUUGUUUUUUUAAAAAGUUCUAUUUAUUGCCAUUCCUUUUUUUAGUUGCCUAGAACACUAAGUCUUAAUGCAUGGAAUCUUUUAAAUAAUAAUGCUAAGUUUUCAAAACAUAUUUUUUUUCCAUGUCUGUGGCGGGCAGGGAGCGAGUCCUUGAAGCAGUGUAAGUUUAUACCAUUUUUAAACUUGUAUUUAGCUUUUAAAUUGCUUCUAUUAUAUAUACAUUUUUAUUUUUUUAAGCCUGUUUGUAAAACAAGAUUCCUUGCUUUGUGGCUUUCAAAGAAGUGAAUUGUUUCUCCAGAUGUCUCUUAAGGCCCUCCUGGAGACUGGAACUCUUGCUGUGAGGUAGUUCUCCCAACACAUAUUUCUCCCGGAUUAGCGAUGACACGAAGAACUUGCCGAGUUAUAAAACUCCACCUAUGCACAGUGCCUGUAAGUCAAAUAACUCAAAAUAAAGGCAUACAAAAUGGC